AUGCCCUCCUCGCCGCUCCGGGUGGCUGUGGUUUGCUCCAGCAACCAAAACCGCAGCAUGGAGGCCCACAAUAUCCUCAGGUAAAGCAACUCUGGGCCUGGGUAGGCCUCGCUCAGCUACCUCACCCCUCUCCAAUUCCGUUCUCUGGUUUCCCGUUUGAAGUGAGGGGGGGUGUUUGACGCCACAUUGGAUCAAGGUGGGGCCUCCUCAUCCUCGUCGUCGUCACAGUGACGUCACUUAACCCUUGCAGUCCCCCCCAAUUCUCUUGGUAGCGGGAGAUAACGUCAAGGAAAGCUCUUCCACAUCGGGUGGAAUAAUUUACGGCGAGGGGCUCCGUGACGUAGAUCGAACUCCCAAUUUUGUCAAGAAGAUGGGCGGUGGAUUAUUAUUAUUGUUGUAGUUAUUACAUUUCUUAACUGCCCUUCCCUGUAAGGUCACGGGACGAGUUCCAAUAGUGUGAAGAUGCCACUUUCAGAUUCGAUUAAAACGAUUAUUGCUUACUGUUAAUUGGCUUUAAAAGAGACUUAGGCAAGUUCAUGGAGGAGAGCGGUGUCAAUGGCUGCUGAUCAUGGCGGCUGUGGUCUGCCUCCAUUGCUGGAGGCAGUAAUGCUUCUGAAUGCCAGUAGCAGGAGGGGAGAGUGCUCUUGUGCUCUGGCCCUGCUUGAGGGUUUCCCUUUGGGGCAUCUGCUUGGACACUGAGAACAGGGCGCUGGACUAAUGGACCAUUGGCCUGAUCCAGCAGGCUUCCCUUAUGUUGUUAUUUAGGUUUCUUACCUGCCAUCCACCAUAAAGUCCUGUGCGUGGGUUGCAGCAGUGUAAACAUGCAAUACAGAAAAUGUUUACAACACUUAACAACAAUAAGAAUAGAGCGUGGUCUUUUAAAACAUAUCUCUUAAAGGCCUGGAUGAAGAGUACGUUUAUCCCACUUUAUAUCCCUGAGAGGCUCUCAAGACUGUCUUAUGAAAAUAUUUUCACACAACAACAAAGCAUUUUAAAAUCUGGUAUUAAGAAUGGAAGUAACACAAGUUUCCUGUGGUGGUGGGAUGAUUCCUUUCUUCAUCCUGGUUCUUCCCUGGUGCUGCCCUUGAACCUCUGCCUAUUGGAGAAGAGCCAUAUCUGAUGUUCUCUGACACAAGGGGGUAGGGGCUGAUCCGAUCACAGUGGGGCCAAAGUCUUGACUUCUGUUUAUAAAAAAAUAUGUACUCCAGGAUGUGUUGUGCAAUACAUUCUACAAAAACCAAAAUUAAAACAGAACCAAAAUACAGCAAACUGUCAAGUAGAACAAAACAGCUUUAUGCUUAUUUUGUGGGGUGGGGUUUAUGUAUCAUGACAAUCCUUGGGAGAUUUUGAAAACAAGGCUGUUGCAGUAUAAGACUAUGCAAAUAUUGAGGGGUGGGAUUUCAUAAGUGUCAUUGACAUGAUUUAAUAUAUUUUUUAUUACAGGGUUUUUAUACUGCCCUUCAAUAAAACUCAUUUUAUUUUAUUUGAGGCUGUGGCAGCGUCACAGUUCUUGAUAAGCUUUAUGUAAAAUGAGAGUGAGGGAAAGAGAAGAGAUAGCGUUGAUACAAUCUUUAAAGGAUGUGGCAGUUUCCUUUUCUGUCUCAUUUUUACUUCCUCCUCGGAUGCCAGCAUGUGAAUCUUGAAGUAAAGGAACUGCGACCUUAUUGUGAUUAUAGAUUCCCCUCCCCACUCUGGUUGAAGGGCUGCAGAAGGAAAAGAUGCUGCUCUUGAACCCUUAUUUGAGGGCUCUCUACUUGCUGUUAUUCUCUUUUUUCCACUCUUCAAAUUCACUUAAGGUUCCUAGGUAGGACCGAUGUGUUUUCAUCAUGUCUUUUCCCACCUUACAGUCUUGGCAUAAAUACAAUAUUUAUAUUUUGUUUACAAAUGUUCAACAAUGCUCUAAUAGUGAAUUGUGGGGGUGAUGUGUACCUGGAGAUAUGUAGCUAAAAGAGGACAACUGAGAAAUGGAAGUAUCUUUAUGCUUAGGAGCUACCCUGACAUUUGCAGGUGUGUAAACACCCUAGAGAAUCCAUAGGAAAAGCAAGGGUGGAGUAGAAUGGAAUGGAAUAUCCAGGAGGAGGGCAGCUUGACUGGUUGGUUGUCAGCCAUCCUAAAUAGGCGCACUCUUGCCUAAGGGGUGAAGAGACACCACUUCAUUUUGUCCUACGUCCCACUUGUUAUCUCCACGAUCCUUACAACAACCCUACGAGUUUGGUGAAUGUCAUCACAUUUUGAAUUGUGUGAGCUGGGGAGGGGUGAGAGUGUUUUGCCCAGGGGUAGGCAACCUAAGGCCCAUGGGCCAGAUGCGGCCCAAUCGCCUUCACAAUCCGGCCCACGGGGAAUCAGCAUGUUUUUACAUGAGUAGAAUGUGUCCUUUUAUUUAAAAUGCAUCUCUGGGUUAUUUGUGGGGCAACAGGAAUUCGUUCAUUCCCCCCCCCCCAAAAAAUAAUUAUAGUCAGGCCCACCACAUGGUCUGAGGGGCAGUGGACCAGCCCACGGCUGAAAAAGGUUGCUGACCCCUGGUCUUGCCUAAGGAUCUCAGUGAGUGACUGAUAAGAGAGUAGGCUCAAACCAAGGAUUUUUCUUAGCACACUUUCUUAGCCAUAACUCUGAACACUUCUGUCCUCCAAAUACACAAUCCUUACAAAAUCCAAGUGUGGUCGCACCACACUCCAGCAUUUCUAAACAGACACAAACACAAGCACCUGAGGGAUAUCCAGCAGCAAGCAACCUACCUGUGGGCUCGAGGCAAGAUGUGUGUUUUCAUGGGAUAAUUGCUUUGUGUUUGAGGAACACUUCUGGAAAUGCUUAAUGAUAUGGAGACUUGCUAGUCUGACUCAUUAAGUACUACUCCCCAGACAAUGUGGAAGUACCAGGGGUGGGGAGCAACUGUCAACAAGGAACUGGCUGUAAGGCAUUGACUCAUGGGGCCAUGUAAUGCAUAUUUCUUAGCACUGUUAGCUUUGCUCUUAAGGAUUAAGUGUUUAGAAGUUUUCACAGUUUACAUAUUAAAAUAUUGGGACAUAUUCAGGUUUCAUACAGUGGAUGUGGGGAAUGCAAGGGGGCGCUUUACAAACCCCACACAUAUCCUGUACCUAUUCCAGAUUCUAGUUGGCAUCAAAGGACAUGUGUCCCAGAGCCCAGGGUCUUAAAUUUGAUUGAUUUACUCUCAAACAACUUGGUAUCUUCAGCCAUGCUUAACUACAACAGAUGCAAAUUAGAAUUUUUGCUACUCCAUGGGUAAGCAUAUAUCAGGCUUCCUCAACCUUGGCCCUCCAGAUGUUUUGAGACUACAAUUCCCAUCAUCUCUGACCACUGGUCCUGCUUGCUAGGGAUCAUUGGAGAGGGAGGGUGUCUACCCUUUUGCUGCUUGGGCAUUUGUUCAAUAGUUUGCGUCUGGGUAGCUAAUGAAUAUUAUGUUUGUAGUUAGUUAAGUAGGUGCCAGUGAACAUCUAAGACACUAAUUGAAGAAAGAGUGAUGUUUUAUGUUUGAUUAAAUGACCCCAGAACUGAUGGUCAUGUGGUUUUGAGUGGCUCCAAAUUUUAGGGUUGAUAAUAUUUAAUCCAAUAAAUGUGUGUAUAUUCUUUUUGAGUAUUCUGAAGUGCUUAAAUCCCUCCAAUCCUAAACUCCAGGUGAGUGCUGACAACUGUUGAUGUUUAGGAUAAGAUCCUGAUCUUUUGGAGAGAUGUGUGGCUGAGCCUCCUGUCUCCUCUUAUCACAUACCAUUUCCUGUAAGGACUCUUUAAUCCUGAUGGGUGUCCUCAUCAAUUUACAAACCGUCUUGUCUUUUUGCUGCAUCUAACCAGAUUUGUUGAUUAUUGGCCUCCUCUGCAUAGUGACUGUGUAUUUGGCAGCUAGGAUCCAAAAAUGCUUUGGGUGGAAGAGCUUCCCCAUAUUAGUGCCACCUCCUUCCAAAAGCCCCCUAAGAUAGGUCUCCCCCUGGCGUGGAAACUCUUAUGUAGGGCAGCUAGUAAAAGGAAAUAUGGCUUCUCUUUGAAGCAUGUGAAAAUGCACAGAGGUAGAGUUUGGAUUUGGUGAGACAGAAUGUGAAAGUUUUUGUCCAGUGCUAGACCUACAAGUUCAUUCUGUACAAUGGCUGAUGCUACCACCAAGGGGUUGGCAUUUUCUGUUGCCACCUGAAGAAGACUCCUCCCCCUCUGUGGGGGUGCUACAGCCAUCCCAAACUAGGAUACAAGUCUCUUAGCUAAUAUUUAUGCUCAGCUGACCUCUGCUCCCUGUAUUAGAUGAGGCCAGACAGCUCUGUUCUGUAGAGACAGUUGAAGUUGGCUGCCCCCAGGCUUCCUGCUAGCUGGAGGAUAUCCCAGGAGACAAGUGCCAGUAUUACCACUGACUAUCAGGAGGCUCAUAUUUCACAUUAUUCAUAAAGUGAACUGUCCUGUUGGAAAAAUAAGUUUUGAGUUCUUAGCAUUGCUAGCAGAUAGCAUCAUCCUCUAUAUGCUUACUCAGAAGUCUCACUUUGUUCAAGGGAGCUUUGUAAUAGUGUCUUAUCUGCUCACGCAGAAAGUGUUAGUCAUUUCCGGCCUGAAAGGAAAAACAAAAGCCAGCUUCUGUAUAACUUCUCUUGGGGCCUUGUUUAGGCAACUGGACAGCCUACUGCUCAUCACCAUGGUUUAAUGGGCCUGCUUAGGAUUACUGUUAUAAAGUCCCCUUCAGACCAUUUACCUGCCUUCAUCUCCUCACGUUUCACCAAAGAACAGCUGCACAGUUCAAGCCAGUUAUGAGUGUUAGGAUGAGGGCGGGGUUUUCUCCUUGAAGAGGAAGCUGCCUCUUUCGGUGAGAGAAUGAUUGCUUGUUUACCAGCACUAGCUGACCUUUUCCAGCCAUUUGCUCACAGUACAGUAUAAGUAGGAAGUACCAGUAUCCACCCCCCUCCCCAUGGCUUUUAGGUGAUAAGAACUUACAAAGCGCCAAAGGUCUAUUUAGCAAGGAUCCUUCUGCCCACAGUGACCAACCAGAUGGCUCUGGGCAUGUCUGUUCUCCAACAACUGGUGUUCAGAGAUGCACUGUCUCUGAACCUGGAGUUUAACCAAUCUUAGUUAACCAUUAAUAACCUAAUCUUCCACGGAUUUUUAAAAUUCCCUGUGGGCCUGCAUUCAAUCAGGCUGUUUACUCAGCGGGUACAGACUCAGACACUCACCAUUUCCAGGUUUGCUCUAACCAUAGCUUCGUGUGAUCUCUGAGUUGGGGCAAUGCCUUUUGUUACACUUGAAUCCUGCACUUUCUCCAAAAACUCAGUGAGACAAUGUCCAUUAUUAUAUUUGAUCUCUUUUUCCCUUUAUAACCUAUGUGAGUAAGGUUAGGUUGAAUAUGUGACUGAGCCAUAGUCACCCACACCCAGUCAGAUUUAUGACUGAGUUGUCUUGGUCCUAGUCCAACACUAUAAUGAUUCUUAACUAUAGUUAGCUAUAGUUAGUACUGUUCCUCAAACCGUGCACUAUAUGAUUGGCACAACGCAGCAAUAGUUUGACAAGAUCAGUGCGCCAGAAGAGGGGUGGUCUACAUUGAACCCAAACUUGGUUUUUCCAGUUGUUGAUUUGUAUGAGAGAUGGGCUGUACAUUUCAUUGUGGUGUCUAGUACUAAAUGCAGCCUUGUAAUUAAACCUUUAGAAGCUACUGGCCUACACAUCCCAUCUGCGAAGCCUGCAUUUCUCUGCUAGCCAUGGAGAAAGGGAUGACUCCUCCUCUGCAGACAACAUGGCAACUCAGGGUUCAAAGCUUUGUCUUCUGCUAAGUAGGCUGGCAGAAGAAAGAUAGAUUGCUCCAUUACUCCUCUGCCAGCCCACUUGGAUUUUGUGCUGGGUACAGGGCAAGGGGCUCUUUUCUGUCUCUAACAUGGAAAUCAAGCAGGCUGCAGAAGGAGUGAUGGAGCAUUCUAUUUCUUCUCUGCCUGCCAGUGUGUCCUCUCGCCUGCAUGGAAUUCCUUGCUUCCUGUAGAGACCAGGCUUGCUACUUACAAGAUUGUCCCAGUGAACAAGCCAGCUAAACCUGACUGCUGUGAGUCAAGCCUAUUUUGUUCCACAUCUUUCAUGAAACUUAAAUAGCCUUGAAUCCCAUUCCCUAGCUUUCAAGUGCCAGUGGAUUGGGCUGCUUAUAUACUUCAGAGAGAGAUUUGGGUUGAUACUGGCCCCAUCAGAAUUCAUAGCAAUGAGUAGUUGUCACUUCACCCACCACCUACCUAUCUGAUUUGAGAACAUGCGCUUUUCUUGCAGUCCAGAUAAACAUUAGAAGCACCUUCCAUGUACAGGGUGUUCUGUGCUUUCUUAAAACGGCUUCAAAGCAAAAUGUAAGGGUUUUGUAUAAGAUGAAUCAUGUCCCAAAAUUUCAAGCUGGUGCCCUUUUAAGCAGAUGAUGUAAGAUUACUUAACAUCAGAAGAUUUCUAUAAAUGUCUUAAACUCCAUUCUGGGUGGACGUGAGUAGGUUGUGUUUAUUGCCACACUAGUUUCUCUACACUGGUAUUGCAGGGAUUUGUCACAUCCCUACUUUUAUGCAGCAAGCUCUCACUUAAAAUCCUGGUUAUUGCUGUUGUGCCUUCCAGCCUAAUUUCUUUGCUUUAGUUUCUGUGGCUCCUUAAUUUGGCAGAUACUUGAAGAAAGUGGGCUUGAAUUAUUGACUGUUUCUCAUUCUUUUUUAAAAAUCCUGCUCUGCCAAGGAAGAUGGCAUACAUGGAUAUUCUCUCACUAUUCCUCAGAACAACCCAGGCAGGUGGGUUAAGCUGGGAUAUUCUAACUGGCCAUGGUUACCCAGCGAGUUUCAUGACUGACGAUGGAAUUGAACCCAGAUCCCUCUGUUCAUUUCCAACAUGGACCACUAGGUGAUCGCCUACAGUAGCUCAGAACAUAAUCAAGUUAGCUUUUAAAUUGCCACAGCAUUAUUUUGAAUGUUACUGCUGCAGACUAACUGGUGGCUCUUUUUUCCUUUUCUGAUGUGUCUUCCAAAUCCCAGCUUCUUCAUUGGGCGAGAAUCAUUGGAGACCUGUGCAAAUUCAAGAAUAUUUUUGUUCAGAAAUCUAUCUUGUCUCACAUAUACAUGCACAUAAACACCCCCCACAAACAUCUAUUUACAGAUGUAUUGUUUAAUAGACACUGCCUUGGUGAGCAAAAGAGUAGGACUGUGCAGUCAGGAAAACCAUUGGUGUAGGGAGUACAUACAUAUCCAAUGCCCCAUUGUUCCCAGUGUCUAGAGGGCAGUGGGUGUCCCUUUUCCCCCAUCAAAAUUUUCCCUGCUUUCUGAUCCCUUCAUUCCUCACUUGGGAUUUGUGUAGAGGCAGAGGUAGGGGGGUGUGGGUGUGGGUGUGUGGGUGAGAGAGAGAGAGAGCGCAGGGAAUGAAGUGUGUGAGACAAAGGUGUGGGAAGAGUUAUUGUGUAAAUGGAGAAUGCUUGUUUUCCACUCCAGCCUUGGUUGUUCUUGGACCCUGCUUCCCUCCAUGCUGUUUGGUUGCAAUUCUUCCCCCUUCAGUGGAAUCCUGGUUUUCCUUUCGGACAUGGAAUUGGGGUACUCUGCGCACUUGGCAGCUGCUUUUGGGGGGAGGGCUUUGGAAGUUCUGCAGGCCCCACCCCUGUGGUGAGUCUCAGGACAAUAUCUUUCACAUAGGGUCUGAACAAUUCUUUCUUCACCCACUUGCUAUGACAGGCAGCUUGGAAGAGUAAGAUAACAAUGAGUUAUACACAUAACACUCUGUUGCAUCUGAUUUGCCUCUGAAAGCUUUGCAUAGCUGUUUUUGGCUUUGACUGUGUCUAUAUUUCAUCGGGUGAACAUGUUGCUUCACUAGCCUGUUGCACACACAACCCUCUACUGUUCACACUCUAAACAUUCUCUGACACAGAAGGCCAUCCUGUGAUGGGACUUUCAUAUUUUAACGUGACAUUUAUUCUCUGUGUGUCAUUUAUUUAUUGAUUUGUAGCCUGGAUCUUCAUCCAAAGAUUCCUUCCCCAUUUUUAUCCUUUCAACCCUGUGAGAUACAUUGAUAUUGACUAGCUCAGGACCACCUAGUGAGUUUGUGGCUGAGUGGGGAUGUGAGCUAGUGCCCAGCCCUGGACUCACACUACAUCUGUAAUCACACCUGCAUAAACAGUGAACAUUUAUCAGUAUAUCUAGAUGUUUAAAUUGUGGAUCUUCUGGCUCAGUUUCUACAUUGUGCUAAAUUGUUAUUUAUGCCUACUUUAUUUUUAAACCCAAGCCAUGGUUUGAGUUUCCAAAUGGGCUACAGGCAAACCAAGGCUUAGAUUUCAUUGUCUGCUUUUCAUUUCCACCUUCAGCACUUCAUUUGUUCGCACUCACCUCCAUAAUAUAAGUAAGGUAAAGGUGAAGGACCCCUGGAUGGUUAAGUCCAGUCAAAGAGACUAUGGGGUGUGGCGCUCAUCUUGCUUCAGGCCAAGGGAGCUGGCAUUUGUCCACAGACAGCUUUCCGGGUCAUGUGACCAGCAUGACUAAACUGCUUCUGGCGCAACGGAACACUGUGACGGAAGCCAGAGCGCACAGAAACACCAUUUAUCUUCCCACCGCGGUGGUACCUAUUUUUUCACUUGCAAUGGUAUGCUUUCAAACUGCUAGGUUGACAGAAGCUGGGACAGAGCAAUGGGAGCUCACCUCAUCACAUGGAUUCGAACCGCCGACCUUCCAGGCAGCAAGUUCAAGAGGCUCAUUGGUUUAGACCACUGCACCACCUGCUCCCUCCCAUAAUAUAGUGUCCCAGGGAGAUAGAGGAGAUGGCUGAAAAUAGUUGCCAACUCAGACAUUAUGCAAAGCCAUGUUUUGUAAAUCCACUGCAAAUCUUGGUCGUCUGUUCUGACUUGCUGGCCUGUGACAAAACUUGGAUGAGCUGCACCAUGAUUAAGCUUCUUUAACCAUGGUUUGGAAUGGUGUCUGAAUUGAACCAUUGUGUCCGUUAUGCCAGAUCAAACAAAAAUGUUUUGGGGGACAAACAGCCAAUAGUUUACCAGGUGAAUCUGUGACACCCACACAUAUAUAGAUUGCUUGACUGACUACUUUGUGCAUGUUUGAAAUGUGAAUUAUAGUACUUCCUUUAUAAGUUGUUUGUUAUGCACCUGAAGUAACUAGUUCUGAUGUUACUUCAGUGCUGACUUCCACCAUCGGCAUGCUUCUAUGCCUACAGUUGCUUGCAGAUGUGAAGAUUUCCUUCUGCACAUAUGGACAACAGUCCAGGCAUGAAUUGCAGUCUUUGCUUCCUAGGAAGAAGAAAUUUUUUAAAAGGCACCAAGUCAUCUUGGUUGUUUUCAGCUUCAAUUAAAUUGUUAAUUUCUCCUGAAACGGGGCCCUCAGCUUCAGAUGCAGCAAGAGAGCAGCCAAGACACUUGUGAGCCAAGGGGCCAUGUAUCUAAAAAGCACAUUGCUUCAAAUGUAAAAUUGGCGAGGGGUUGGGGAGGUGUAGUUUAUAGCACAAAAAGGGCCUGCGGGAAGGAAAGGAGGUUGGCUGUUUUUCUCACAGCUAGGCUCAUCUUUAGUGGAACUCUUCUAUUAGGGGACAAAGCAGUGGGUGAUGCAAAGGUGUUCUCCACCCACCUACUCAGACAGGCCUGUCUUCAAAGACACUGGUCUGCUUCUGAUGUGUGGGAAGCCCUAAGGCAGGGGUGGGGUUGAGGGAAACCAAUUGCAGCCCAAAGGCCACAUUCCCUUUUGAGCACAUUCCAAGGGCCACAUCAUAGUGGUAGAUGGGGCCAGAGGCAAAAGUGGGCAAAACAACAAAUGUAAACUUUACCACUCUGCAGUUGGCUAGUUUCUGUACACACUCACACAUCCCUUUUUGCCUUCCAUCCUGAACACUGUGAGGCAUUACCAGAGUUUAAGGACACAUCCCACACAGGCAAAAACACUCAAUGAAGGUUUGAAGCAAGGCCAAUGAGGGAUGUUGCCUGGGGAGAAAGUCCCUAGGGCUAGACAGAGAGGCCCGACCUGAAGUUCCCCAUCCUAAAGGAAGGUAAGCAGGAUUCCUGCAUUGCAGGGGGUUGGGCUAGAUGACUCUUGGGGUCCCUUCCAGCACUGCAAUUCCAUGAUUCUGGGGAAUACCAGAUAUGGAAAAUGGCGCCUAUCAGUCUGAGAUUUCUAGUCAGCUCAGUAACUUAAGUGCUAUUCUGCAGAUGUCUUUGCUGAGAACUUCCAUUGGUCUCCCAAGCAUCAAUUCUACCUUGUUAAUUUCUCAGUGAAUUUUGCUGUUGUGUGCAGAUUGUUACUCAUGCAUAUCCUUUGCUAUUCUUCUGAAACCACCUAACCUUUGGGGUGCGGCUCCAGAUUUGCAGUGUGCAAUCUGCUGCUCCUGGAUAACACAGGCCUUAUUGUUAGUGGCGGCUGCUUAAAAUCUAACACCAAAGGCGAAACAUCAUCAGAUAAACUUUCUGCAAUGUGUGUUUUCAGUUGUCGCAGCAGAUGUCCAUCUGUAAACCAUUCUCGGUGAAGCCUGACUCAUCUCUCACGUCCUAUAAUUAGUCCCAUAAUUUACAUUUGGAAUGAGACGCAGUGUUCUCUCUGGAUGGCAUUCUCAGUUUGUAGAACAGGACAGCAUUAUGUACUGUGGUGUGGUUAGGAGUGUGAAUGAGUGUGUGUUGUGUGGAGGGGAGAGCAAAUGAGCCUUUCAUGAGGAAUGAUUGUUCUCAGUUCUAGGUCGGUUGAAUCAGUUUUGGGUGUUGUGCUAUAAUAAACUCAGUUGGGAUCUGGUGGAUGAAGAGCACUGCUGGGCUUUGAAUGUGAUCAUCUGCUGUUGGGAGACGAGCAAUGACUGGUGCUUUGAGAGUCUUGAGUAAGAGUUCAACCCCUGUAGCUCUGUUUCACGGGUCUCCAUUCCUAACCCCGGGAUUAACCACUGUAGUACUAUCUGAAUGCUGCUGGACUCCAGCUCCCAACAUCCCUGACGUUUGGCCUUUCUGGACUGUGGCUGUUGUGAGUCCAGUAACAUCUGGAAGGCACUACAUUAGCUACCUCUGUGCUAGGCUAAAGGAUGGAGUGAGGGGAAGAGAAACAACAUCACUAAAAUCUAGGGUUUUUAUUGAUUGUCUUCCACCGCAGGGUGCAUACUGUGGUACAGAAGACUCCCAUAAGUCUCUCUCCCACUACAAGGGGUUCAGUCACUGGGGUGGACCUGGGUGACUUAAGGAGCUUUCGAGAUGUGUUUACAGUAGUUAGCUGGUUCACGAAAACUGAUGCAGUGCAACAGGGUUUCAGCUCCAGAAUACGUGAAGAAAGCAGUGAUCUCUGGGCACAGUGCCUUCUUUAGUAAAGAAGGAAAUUGCAUUGUCCUGGCUGUUUGUUGUUUUUUUGCUAAAGCAAAGAGGUAUGAGAUCAAUCCCAAUAGCAUAUGGUCAGCAGGCAGAGUCAUAUAGGUGCUCAUAUUUUGUAUCAGUUGAAUGCUGUGGUGCUAUAUUCCUGUUUGAAAUGCCAUAUUCAGGAUAAAUUAAUACAGUAUAGCAAAGGAAGGCAUUCCUGUCAAAUGAUCCAGUUAUGUUUUAACUGCUAUAUAAUGUAUUCUCGAAGACAGUACUGUCAACUGCACUGGGAAAUCUGCAAUCCAGUCUCUUAAAUGGCAUUGGCACUUUUACUUGGCUCUGCCUAUUACUGUUCUGCAGGAAAGGCAAACAGCUAAUUGAGAGUUCACUUCACACCUUUUCCCUGAGGGCAGCCUCUGGCAAGGCAGAGGUAAAUAGGGGAUAAAUGUUCUUUUCAAAGAUGAGUGCCAAGCAGUUUGUUGACUUGGGGUGCUUCCAGUUGGGUGGAUGCGAUGUGGGAUCUGUGCUGCUCACAUGUGCAGAUUUUUCGGUGUCCAUGUGACAUUGUCAGCAUCAAAACGCCAGCCUGUGUUUUCUUCCAUUUAACCCAGAUUAGCCCUUUUGUGAAAAAUCUGAUGUUUUAAAAACAACCAAUUGCCAGCGACCAAUUUGUGUUACCGGAAUAGCCUGUUAGGCUCCCAUCUGGAAUCACGUUUGGUCUCUGCUUCACUGGGUCUUGUUCAGUGCAAAAGAUUUAAAAAGCAGCAGAGCUCUUUCACAACAGAAGUCUCUUGCUUUGCUUAGCAAAGUACUGCAUGCCCACUGAGUUAUAAAGACCAAGGCUGUGUACAAUCACUGUAUUUAAAGCACUCCCACUACAGCCUGGGAACUGUAGUUUAUUCCUCCCAGAGCUACAGUUCCCAGCAUCCUUAACAAGCUACAGUUCCCAGAAUUGGGAGGGGCAUGCUUUAAAUGCAUGGUGGGAAUGCAUUCCAAGACACAUGCUGGGGAAUGUGCUGUAAAUCAGGAACUCUUGAGCUGCCGCUUGCUUGCCCAAGCCAGUUUUCUAGUUUCUGGUAGCUGUCAGCUAGUAUAUUUUGAAAUAGGCAAAACUCAGGCAAAACUAAAGCAAGUCUCAGCAAUUAAAAAUUCAAUGCACAAUUCUGUAUGUAAAUUGAAACAUGGCUCUGCCACCAGGCUUGUGAACCAAUAAAAUGGGAGGGGGGAAGGGAGUAGAGGGCGAAAGGAGUUGGAUGUGGGAUCUACUUGGCAGUGCCAGCAAAAAAUGAGAGAUAGGCUUUUACAUUCUGUUGUGGGGUCAGGCUUAUGUUUCCCUGUUGCUUCUCUUGUUGAGGGGGCAAUUAUGUAUUAUCCCGAUGGUCUUUAGGCCCCUGCCGUCAGCCAGAGUACUAAGUGGCCUUCCUCUUGUGCCUGCAGAUACAAAUAUUGGUCUGGUUUGCUUGUCAUGCUAAGCCAAACCAUAGCUUGGCAGAGCCUCUGGGAGAGGAUUUCCUUCUUUCUGGUCAUUCUGCUGCUGCAUCCAAACCAGGACAUGGUUCUGCACGCUCUCCCAGGACUAACUGUGAGCUAUAACCAAAGUUGGUCCUAGGAGUUACGGCUUGUAGUUUGUCCUGGAGAGCAAAACCAUAAGCCCAGGUUUGGACAACUCAUUAAGCCUGGCUUGGACAACUCAUUGGUGGGGAGCAGAGUAGCCACAGUCUCUCUGAGAGCCUGCAAUUGUGCUAAGCCAUCCCCAACCUUUGGCCCUCCAGAUGUUUUGGACUACAAUUCCAUCAUCCCUGACUACUGAUCCUGUUAGCUAGGGAUCGUGGGAGUUGUAGGCCAAAACAUCUGGAGGGCCAUAGGUUGGGGGUGCCUGUGCUAAGCCAUGGGUUUGGCCUAAUGUCAACAAUCGAACCGGGCGGUUGUUAGUGACACUGCUGCAUUAAAUUUAGAAGAUAGGCCCUAGUUUUUAAAGCUUGAGAUUAAUUGCCAUGUAUAAUUAUUUAUUUGGUCCAGGCCUAGGCAGAUGUCAUGUGGGAGAGUGCAUACAUUAAUCAACUUUGCCUUCUUGCUUCCCUGCAUCUUCCUCCACUCUCACACGGUCAGCAACAAAAGCCAGCAGAGGGAAAAUGAAAUUACAAGUAUUAAAAGCAGCCAAAUUCAUUCAUUUUCCAUUUUUGGUACUGCAGCAGCUGUGUGACUCGGCAAAGUGUUUUGCUGCUAUCCAGACCCCUUUCUGGUAGGAGUGGUGGGAAAUCCCUCUCACUGGAUUGCCUCAAAAGCUGGUGCUUUAAAAUUUGAACACUCUGUCUGGCCCUGCUUUAGGUUACUUCAGCUCAAUUUCACUGAUUGUCAUGUACAGUUUCCAAAAUGAGUGACUUGAAGCUUGCAGUGAACUUGGGAAAUAUUGGCGGCCAAGUCAGAAAGGUGCCAAAACACGGGAGUCUAGGAAAUUAUUUUCUCACCCCAAUUCCCCCCCCCCAAAAAAAACCCCUUUCCUGGACCUGCAAGGAGAGACUCUUAUUUCCAGCAACAUAAAAGGUCUCUGAUAGUCACAAAUAAGGACUGGUAACUAUGUGGAAGAGCACUUGAGUUGCACAUGAAAGGUCCCAGUUUCUGGCAUUCCUAGAUGUGGCUAGGAAACAGCCCUCUCUCAGAUUCUGGAAAAACUGUUUUUAGCCAGGGUAGAAAAUACUGGGUUAGAUGGACCACUGAGAUUACUCUGUCUAAGGAAGUUUCCUGUGGAUGCAGUAGUCUCUUAGGCCUAUCUGUCUGAUUCUGCUAAAACACAGAGUAUAAUAUUUAGUUUUUUGGGAAUCACUGCUUUUUUUUUGUAAUAGCAAAGUAUCUAGUGACCCUUAUUCUGUGACUAUGCUGGUAAUGUAUGGGCAGCAUCUGGUUGAAUUACCACAAAGCUAGUGAGGUUGCCCAGUAACAGUUAAGUAAAAGGUAAAGGUACCCCUGCCCGUACGGGCCAGUCGUGUCCGACUCUGGGGUUGCGUGCCCAUCUCGCUUAAGAGGCUGGGGGCCAGCGCUGUCUGAAGACACUUCCGGGUCACGUGGCCAGCGUGACAAGCUGCAUCUGGCGAGCCAGCGCAGCACACGGAAACGCCGUUUACCUUCCCGCUAGUAAGCGAUCCCUAUUUAUCUACUUGCACCCGGGGGUGCUUUCGAACUGCUAGGUUGGCAGGCGCUGGGACCGAGCAACGAGAGUGCACCCCGCCGCGGGGAUUCGAACCGCCGACCUGACGAUCUGCAAGGCCUAGGCGCUGAGGUUUUACCCACAGCGCCACCCGCGUCCAACAGUUAAGUAGACAGAGCUUUUUGCCCUUUCCUAUAACAAGGAGAAUAAAUUACAUUUUAGAAUUUAGAAUGAUAGCGCAUGUGUGCUUGGAACAUGUUGCGGAAUUUGGCUUGUGUUGAUGUGGAAUACCGUCUCUUAGUAAAGGGUAUAAGUAGCCUUGUUGAUUGAUAAGUGAAUGGCGCUUGCCAGUGAGUUGUAGUGAGCAUUCAAGAUGAAAGUCAGCUUGAGCAAAAGAGCAAACAAAUCCUGGAGUAAAGUGGGAUUGAACACACUGAGAGUCCUUUUGUGCCAAGCACACCACUUGGGCAUCAAAAGUGCAAGGCAGCGACUCCUUUGUAGUGGGCUUCUCUCAAGGUAAGUGCAUCACAAAGUAUCUCAAAAUGAUCUGCAGGUUUUAGUUGUUUGUUUAUAUAUGUACACCAUUCCUGUGACACUUAAUAUUUUUAAAUUUUGCUUAAGUGGUGUACAAAAAACUGAAGCGACAGCAGACAACUUGAAACAAAAAUAUUACAAAAAUACACCGUUACAUAUGAAACUUUGUACAUUAAUACAAAGUUACUAAUAUAUAAAAAUCUAUAUCGUUUCAUUUUCCUUCUGACACAACUUCCCUCUCAGCCCGGAUCCGGGCUCUCACCCAGGGUCCAAACAAAACUGAGCUCACCCACAAAAGUAUCAUGAUAAGAAGAGUUCCUAUAAACAGCAGACAUCGCUCUAGUCUCUUACUACAGACUUGCUUUUUAUGGGCAGGCCCAAGGUAGAUGGUAGCUUAUGUGCCUAGUCAACUUAAUUGACUAGAAAACCACCACAUGGGCCUAGCACAGGUGGAAAUAUCCUUGUCUCUUAGCCAUAGUCAAGAGGUGGUCUCUUCUCUUCCCUCUGCAGCAUUGGUGGUGUAAUUAUGAUUGUGGAUAUGUUGGACGCUAACCAUGGUUAGCUUUAAAUCUGAGUUUGAGGUGUGGGAUUUAAAGUGGAUGUACAGACUGGCUAACUUCAUUGUAGACACAACAUUACACAUUAACACUGUAGGUGAAGGUGUGGACUUUGGUGAGAUGGAAAGGAAGGGAGUGUUAAUGUCUGGCAGUUGCUCCUGAUCUUAACCAUGGGUAAGAGGCUUGGAAAUGUUGAAUCAACAGUGCCAGAAUGUCUGCUUUUAUCUUAUUUUGUUUGAUCUCAGACAACAGGCAGGUAUCCUCACUGCAGAAUAUCACCUUUUUCCUUUCGUGCUAUUUUCGUAAUAUUUGUAGCAACAUGGAUUAGAAAUUCACUCUUAAAAACUAGCUGAAGUAGGAACUACAUCUAGGUGAUAUUUAGGUGCUUUCUACACAACACUAUGAUAGGAAUAGGGAACAUGUGGCCCUCUGGAUGUUGGACUAAAACUUCCAUCAAUCCCAUCCAGCAUGGCCCAGUGGUUAGGGAUGAUGGAAGUUGUAGCCCAGCAACAUCUGGAGGACCACAGGUUCCCCAUCCCUGGGGAUGUAGCUGAUUUAUUUGAUCUCCUUGUCUCCAGCAUCUGGUAACCAUUCUUUCUAGUAGUGGUUAAGACCCACAGAGGGGUCUCACCCUGACGUCAGGUGGGUUGCAUUCGUGGUUCUACUACCAUGUUAAAAACAGUUUGGUGGGAAGCUGACUAAAAGUGGGAGAAUAGAGGGUGACUAGAUAGAGGGACAUUCUUCAACUUACCACCUAAUUUGAGAAGCUUGAGCCUGACAAAAAAUUUCCUCUGCAGCACCUAUUUGGGGCAGCCUUGUGUUUAAGUGCUAGCCUGAUACCCACAGGUGAAACAGUUCCACGGAGGCAGGUCACUGGGCUGGCAGAGCAGGGGUGGAGGCCUCCCUCCUUUGCCAGUUCACAACAGGCUAGUAGACUUUUUUUUUCUUUCUUGCUUACAAGGCUGUACCAAUGUCCAUUAAAUCUGGAAAUAAAAGCAAAAGAGAGAAGUGGACAUACACAGCAAAAUAACAGCAACCUCCAUUUAUUUGUUAUAGAUUGAGGUUACGAAUGUGUCCUGAAUUCAAAAGUGCAGUUUAUUUUCUUUCGCAGUGUGCAUCCAAUCAUUUAUGUUUGACUGCUUACACUUGGUUAUUCCACCAGUGUUAGAGCUCCCUGUUGGGAAUGUGUUACAUGUCCAAGUGGCAAUUAUCUGUGUGCAGGAGAGCACUUCCGUGAGCAAUGGCACUUGUGUAACACUGUUUGGUAAGCAUUUAUGCAACCUCUGCAUUGUGGCUCUCCCACCGAGUGGCAUUAACACAAUUCCAAACCACUUAUUUUCCAGCUUCGAGUGAGGCUAAUAAUUUCCUAGAAGUGACACAGGCGGCGAUGAUAAUAAAAAAACCUUUACCAACAGUAGUUACUCAUGUUCUAAGUCAUUCAUUUAAUGAUUCACUGGUUUACGCUUGGGAUGUUUUCAGAAAUUAUCCCUGCAAUCAUAAGGGCUAAACAAAUUUUAAGUACACAUGAAAGAACAAAAGUGGUUCCGGUUCCCCCUGGUGAGAAAGCGUCAAGAAACACGUUCCCCACAAAAUAAGGGCAGAACGAAUUUCCUUGCAGUGCUGCUGGUCUUGAGUGGUUAAAUAUUUCCACUUGAUGAUCGAAGCAGUAGGAAAAGCACUUGGUGAUUGGUCCAAAGCGGUUUGUGAGUUGCUUAGCAGGGAGGAAGUUUGAACCCUGGUGCAUGUUUCAUAACAGCGCUCCAGUGUGGGGCAACUGACUUCAGCUAACUUCAAAUGAUCUCUUUGUUGAAAGCCAGUUUCUGUUGAGAGGAAGUGGCAUGUCAAAGGGUUGCCUGCCUUGCAGCAAUGGGGAGAAAAUUCAUAACAGCUAAUGCCAGGUGAUGCGCUGAAAACCGACUCCAGGCUAUAGUAUUGUGAGUGGAAGAAGUUGAGAGCUCCUGUUGUGCACUAAUAACUGAGCACAAAACACAGACGUCAUAAUUCUGGGUCAGGCUUGUGGUCCAGCGUUCUUCAGCUUCCCGUUUAUAGCUUUGCUUUGUGCUUUUAAAGCAUUUAAUAAAACCUAAGUGUCAUAGUCAAAGAGUCUCAGACCCUUCGGAGGUUAGAGUGGGCGGUGAAGAAUCUUUAUUCAGCCGGAGGGCCAUGUUCCCUGCUGGACAGCUUUUCAAGGGGUCACCUGCCACGGGUGAGCAGGACCUCAAGCCAAAGGGGGUGGGGCAACAGAAGCAAAUACAACCUUUGUACACAGAAGGCUGAUUUUUACACAAUACCCUUCUGUAGCCUCCAUCCAGACAAGCAGGAGGCAUUAUUGGAGUUCAAGGGCAAAUCCCUGCCAGGCAAAAACAGGAGGGGGUGAAGCAGGGCCAUUGAGGGUGUGUGGUCUAGGGAGAGUUCCUUGGACCAGAGGCCUAGAGGGCCACAUUCUGCUCCCUGGCCUGAGAUUCCCCACCCCUGACUUAGAGCAGCUGGUUCUUCCUUUCUCUAUGUCUCAUUGAAUGUGUGAAGAGAUAGCCUAACCUACUACUGUGCUUUAUCCUCCCUCAAGAUUAAGCUUCCACCUUCUUCAGGACUCUCCACUGCCUCCUUUCCCUAAUUCCCCCUGAGGCUUAUAGGCCAAGAGGAGGAGCUGGGAGCCUCUUUUCAGCUUGGCCCUUGUGCCCCCUUGCUGAUUACUGGUUGAACUACUUGUGAGCAAGCAGCUGCUCUUGCAGCAUUCCCCGCUCCCCCCAUUAAAAAAUUACAGAGCUGCUUAAAUGCAGGUUUGAAAUUAAUGUAGCAAGGUUGGGAGGCCAAAGCAGAGAUUCUGGAAUGGCAAGGCUAUGGAGACAAACCAGAUGCAGUAAGUCUAGUGCCCUUUCCUAAUUUUUCGCCUAAAGUUGCUUGGCCUGUAACCACCAUAUUGUUGUGACUUAUAACAAGCACCUUAGAAAUUCUGGGAACCCAUGAUCUGGUUUUAGGACUGUGGGAAAGCUCGCUUUCUGGUUGUCAUUUAGAUUUUCCCAACACUGAGAAUGUCACUGAAUCAGAAAUAUAUUCAUGAUCUAAGGCCAAGGACCCACCAAGUGGCUUGCCUGGGGGUUGGUCCCGGCCCACUGGCGAACAGAACACCCACCGUUGCACAGAUUCCUAUCUAGAGGUCUAAUUCCCAAUACAGGAUAAGAGAAGACCCUGGCUUGUAUCCUCUGUUAGUCCUACUCAGAGUAGACCCACUGAAAUGAAUAGGCAUGGCUAACACAGGAAGUCCAGUGGGUGCUCUGAGUGAAAUUUGGACAUAGCCCUUUGCCUCUUUCCCUAUCUGCAUGCUGCAGAAUGUGGGGGAAGGGAUUGGUUGGUGGUAACGCUAAAUAAUGACUGGCUGGUAAACCAAGCGAAACACUUGACUUCCUAACCAAGUAGCAGCUAGAUAAUAAAGCAGGCUGCUCUGUUUUACUUUACUAUCUUCUGACACCCACCCCUUUUGCUGACAACAACUGUCCAGGCAGCAAUGCACAUGGGAGUUCUAUAUCACACAGCAGUCCAGAAGUGUUACUAGUCAGCCAUUAUUUUUGACUGCUUCCGGUUCCCCUUCCUCUUGGCAUGCAAAGGGGGCUUGAUUCUUGUCUUAUUUGUGUAGGAUAUGUGGUAAGCAAGAAAUUGGGGGGGGGGGUCCUCCCUGGCUGCUUCAAAGAGGAACAUGCUUCAAAAUGCAGUUGAAAUAAUAAUAAUAAUAAUAAUAAUAAUAAUAAUAAUAUCUUUAUUGUCAUUGCCCUGUGAAAUGAGACCUGUGGGAGUAAGAGACAAAAACGCCUGUUUUUUUUUAACUGUGUAGAAUGCAAAACAAGAGAUCUGUGGUGCUGAGGUGUCGUGGUCACUAGAAGGCAGUGGGGACUUGCUCAUGAGAAGUAUAUUUGUUGAUAUGUGUGCAUGAAAGAACAUUGUGGUUCAGGAUGAAGAUAUAGCAAUAAUAGCAGCAUCCACUCCCUGCAUCAACCAUAAUUCUUUCCCUCUCAUUCCCUUACGUGGCUCUACAUCCGCUUCCCAACUAAGUUGACAAGCUGCUAGCUUCAGAAUUGAAGAAAUAUUUUUAGGGAGAGAAAUUCUUUCGAUUUGUUCCCUGGUGGGGAAAAAACAGCCUUCUGUUCAUUUAAACAAGUGGGUCUCUUGUUUAAAGUGCCCCCCCCAGCCGCCACCCCUCCCAGCAUGAUCUGCAAUAGGGAAAUGUUCUGUGCUGGUACUUCUGCAAUCCAGUUUGCUCAUGUAGAAGGAGAAAAGUAACUAAAAAUAGUGCUCGGCAUUCACUGCACAGCUGACUUUAUUUCGGAGAUUACUGGGUUCUCUUUUGAAACGUCACAUGUUCUUUCUGAAAUGGCAAAUCCAGGCCCUUGAGGAAGACUUGUCUUUGAGGGUCAGAAUUGCUUUCUGCUUAAUGGCUUAAUUGAGGAGUGCUUUAAAAUCGGCCAGUCUUCUGAAAGAGCUGUGAUUAAGAGUAUUUUUUUAAAAAAGUAUGUGAAGCCAUAGAAAAGUUACACAAGAUCUCUAGUUGUGUCAUUUUCUCUCUCAUUGAGUGAAAUUCUUGUCUUGGUUGCUCUUAUGAGAGCAACAAAGUUAAAAAUAGCUGAUUAUGUUGGGAAUAAGUAGCAAAAUCAGAAGCUGUCGUAUUCAGAACCUGAAUAACCAGCACAGACUGCUAGAUUGCUUAUUCUGCCGUAAGGGAUCAAGAAGUGGUAAUGCUUGAGAGGGUCUUCUCUGAGGCGGGCUCUCAGAUUGUAGAAUGACCUCCUUUCCGAUGUGCGUCCUGCGCCAUCUCUGUAUGCUUUCUUUGCAGUAAGUGCACCUCUGUGCCCAGGCCUUUGGUUAUUGCCCUGUCCUGCUGUUUUCCUUCUGUCAUUGCUGGGUUGUGGUCUUAUUUUAUGUUAUCAGUGUAAAAUUAUACUUGGAUUUUCAAUGGUGACAGUUUUGUAACCAUUUAAUGGGACCAUUAAAAGUGGGCUGGAGCACUUCAAAUGUUGAAUGAACCUGUGAAUUAAACCUUCCAGUGGUGCAGUAGCCUCAGUAUUUUCCAGAGUUUCUCUUAUUUAUCUUUCAGAUUUAUAAAUUGUGUCAUAGCCAGAAGCUAUUGAAGCAGUGCAUAAUAAGAUAAAAUGAAGUAAAGCACAAAAGAUGCAGACACUUAAACAAUAAAACUAAUUCUUAAAUUUGUGCAGUUAAUAUUCCAUAAGUGAUUCAGGGAAAGGCUUAUUUAACAAAUAUACCUUCAGUAGCAUCCUAAGCAUCAAGAUACUAGGCACCUGUUGGAUUCCAGAGGAUUGUGUAAUUGCUAUUUACUAUGUAUUGUUUUGGCAUGUAAACAUGAAUCCAUCCAGAAUAAUUAAGCUUCCCUCUUUUUUCCCCUUUUUGUCUUUCAGUAAGCGUGGCUUCAUUGUUCGAUCCUUUGGGACGGGGACUCACGUGAAACUUCCAGGACCAGCGCCGGACAAGCCAAACGUUUAUGAUUUCAAAACGACAUACGAUCAGAUGUACAAUGACCUGCUUAGGAAAGACAAAGAACUGUAUCCCUGUGGAAUGCCCCUUUCAAAACCCUGCUGUUCACCUUUCCGAAAGCUGUUCUUCGCACGUUUGCAUAAGGAAUAUGCUGCUACUUGACUGUGGCAAGGUCUUGGUAUUUUUCCAGUUCUAGGCAGGUGCUUCACAUGAUUGAAGGGCUCUUACCACAUCCCUUUAAAUGCUCUCUUUACCUUCCAACCCCCGGUCCAUUAAGUAGUGGUGCAUGCGGUAGAGGAGAUUUGACACUUUCUUGGGAUGUGAUUUGCACUUCUGUGCUCUGGAUGACUAUGCUGGGUUGCCCCCAUAACUGGCUACUCAAACGGCAAUAGCUCUAUAGUCAUGAAAUUCACUAGGAACCUGACAGCUGAAGGUUUUGGCUUGAUAUCCCAAUUCCUGACCGUACACAGCUGCUUUCCUUUCUGGCCAUUCUCCCUCUUACUUUUCUGUCCUCUCCCAGACUUUUCCUCAAAACCAUUCCCAUCUCCUGAUUCAUUCCCCAAAUCCCCCUGCCCCCUUUGGCCAGCCCUGACCUCCCAGGCUCCUGUUGACCCUUCUGCCUUUCCCACCUCUCUGUGACAUCAGGGGUAGCUCAGCCACUGACUGCCAGAGACCACCACUGCAAAAUCUUCUUUACAAUAUAUACAGUGGUGCCCCGCAAGACGAAUGCCUCGCAAGACGGAAAAACCGCUAGACGAAAGGGUUUUCCGUUUUGAAGUUGCUUCGCAGGACGAAUUCCCCUAUGGGCUUGCUUCGCAAGACGAAAAUACCUUGCGAGUCUUGAGGGGUUUUUUUCGCUUUUCCCCCCCUUUAUCUAAUCUGCUAAGCCUUUAAUAGCCUUUAAUAGCCUUUUAGCAGCUAAUCCCCUAAGCCUUUAAGCCUUUAAUAGCCGCUAAACCGCUAAUAGCGCUAAUAGCGCUAAUCCGUCAAUGGGCUUGCUUCGCAAGAUGAAAAAACCGCUAGACGAAGACUCUCGCGGAACGGAUUAAUUUCGUCUUGCGAGGCACCACUGUAUAUAUAGAACUGCUCAGAUGCUAAGCAUCUUGUCUCUCCCCCCCCCCGUCCCCGCCUCCCAUUGUACCGGAAAAAGCACUUUGGACAUUGUCCUUCAGAGAGAGCUACAGUAGAAGCAUUUUGUGCUAGAAUAAUUCAGUUCAAUGUGGGUUCCCCCAGGAUGAUCAGAGCUAGUGUAGCAUCUUUCCUGCACUAACAGGUUUAAAAUACACCUCCCAUUGGAUGUGUGAACCCUACUGUGAAUGGAUUGGAGCAGUACAACGAGUGGUGUGAAUGCAUCCUUAGAAACAGUGUGAGGGUCUGGCACCUUUCCCACAUGGCCUGGCAAAGAUUUGUUCUUUGCAAUGAACUGGCUGUGGACGACAGUUCAGGCAAGGAAGCAGGUAAGAACUAUAAAAGUAGACCAGCCUGUACCUUGACCAAGACGGAGGUGUGUGAUUAGGUGUCACCACCCCUUUCAGAGCAGCUAAAAUGCAGGUCCUGCAACUCUUCAGUACACUCAUCCAUAUUCAACUCUAGCAUAUAGACUUAGAUGUUCUUUCUGGUGCAUCUCAAAGUGUUCAGGAUCCGUUGGUAUCCUGGAUUUACUGGGGUGGUGUUUUUGUCAACCUUGGGGGGGAAAUUAACCCUGCUUAAGCAAAAGCAUGCCUGCUCCUUUCCUAGGAUUAACUAAUGGCAUUUGUAACAAGAAUGACACGCUUUCAAAGGUGUGUUUGGUCUAAUGGGGUUCCCCCUUCAUCUCAAAUAUUACCUGGCCGAAUUUUAAAAACAAAAACAGGAAAACUUCAUACACUUUGGAAAUAAAGGGGCUUUAAUGAGUUCAUUACCAGCCAAAGGUUUAGGCUGUAGCAGCCCUGGAAUAUUUCUAAUACUAGAUAUGAAACUCACAUCUUUUGAGAAGUGGUAUUUAAAAGUAACCUUUCCAGGUGCCUUAGUAGCUGAGGACAGCCAGGAAAGUGCCUCGCUUGAAACCUGGGGCCAGUAGUUCCUGCUACUUCCUUUUUCUCUGGAGCUUGAACAGGAAGUAAUGAAAGGGAUUGGCCAGGAGGGACAGCACUGUUUACACUCUCAGAAGGCUCAAAUAGGUUAAAAGAAGAUGACAUCCAGAAAUAGAUGCUUAAAAACUAGCAUAAAGCUGGUCGCAGGCUGCUGAGUUGAAAGGAUAUUGAUAACCAAAUACCCACAAGGUCAGUACAGAGAACAGUCUGGCAGUAACAGGCCCUCAUUUCGUCUCCUAGUCUUGCUUUAGACCGUUAAAGUGAUUGUCAGAAGACUUGAGGGAGACAUCAGGGGGUCCAUAAAUCCACAUGUUUUUGGGCAGAGUAUCAGCUCUGUGUGCGUGUGUUAACCGGUGGGACACCAUUAAACCUGAGAGCCUACAGCUCCCAGUAGUUACGGUUUUCAUUUUGUUUCAGGCUUUCCUUAAACCCACAUCGCCACGUUUCUCUUUGGGGGCCGCAUACACCACACCUGGAGCUUUUCAUUUAGGGGGUGUCACGUUUUAUAAAAGGAUUUCACCAUCACCAGUAAUGCUGUAUGUGCCAGGGCUUGAGGAAACUUGGAAGGACUGCGGUGGGGAUUGAACUGGGAGCCUGUAACCCUUGAGCUUCUCUUGUAGGUAUAGUUCUCACUGAGGUCGCAGAGCUGUGUCUGGGCCCUUCUACUGUAAGCUGGGAGGUGGGGGAUGCAGAAUUCAUUGGUGGAAUAUAAUCCCUUUGAUGGACCACGGGUCCAUCAAGCACCACGCUUUGUCUGCCACGGUGCCUAGAUGGCUCCAGAUCACAAGCUGGGCAUGUCCCACUAGAGGUAAUACUGGUUCUGAACAGUUGAGUGUCUCUCUUUAACGAUCAUGGCUAAUGGCAGACAAAUCCUCCGUGAAUUUGCUCUUCUUGGCCACCUGAGUUACUGGCAGUUGUCAUACCCCCAAGUAAAUUAUGCAUUGUUUGAAAGAUGUUCUUUUUCUUCUACCUGUCUUACUUCUGCUGCUACUCAGUUUCAGUGGGUGACCUGAGUGCUAGUACUGUGACAGAAGAGACGAAUAUUUCUGUAGCCUUGUUUUUUCUCCACAUCACACACAAUCCUCCUACUAUCAUUCCCCAUGUUGGUUAACUGCCCCCCAAAAUUAAAUGCCCCAAAUUAGCCAGUGAUGGGAAACUUUAUGGCACCCCAAAAGAGUGAUAGGAGUUGUGGUCCAACAACAUCGGGAGAGCCACAGUUUCCUCAUUCCUGCCCUGUACAUGGAAAUGUAGUUGGCUUUGGAGAAGGUGAGAUUAGUGCCCCUUCUUGGCAUUCUGUGUGCAGGGAUUUGGGGAGGGGGACCACUGCAUCAUUCAAACCUCGUGUCGACAAGCCUCCAUUAAUACUGCCCAGACACAGUCAAGACCUCAGUGAGAAUUAGCACCCGAGAAGCACUACGAAAAAGGACUGGUCCCAUAACAUACCUCAUAUGGUUGGGCUGGUUUUUGUUUUAAAUAUACUUUUUUCCUGAGGUGGUGACCAUCUCAGUGGGGCACUAGCGAUUCUGUUAGAAAAUGGGGAAGACUUUACCAUAGACGUUUUGAGGAUCUAUGUGAUGGUUGCCUCUCUUGUUAAAAUGAUUUGUUGUACUGAGAACAUAACAAUUAAAAAAGAAAUACAAUUGGCCCCCUGUCCACGCUCCUGGAGUUGCUUUUUUCUUAGUUCAGCGCUGCAUUGAGAGGCAGAACUGUGGCCACCAAGCACUCCUUGCGAUGGGAUGGGAUGGGGUGGGGGAAGUGGAGCAGCCAGUUGCAUUUGGGGCCCUAAGGGUCUAUGAAAGGCACCAAAAAGUUUUUAGGGGUUCUGACCUCUUGUUCAGAAGGCAGUCCUCCUCUGGAUUGCAGUUGAGAAGGCAAGAGCAAUCUUCCACUCACUGUAAAUUACCAGUUCUCUACCCCCCACCCCACCCCGACUUGCUGUCAUUUUGGGAGCAGAUCUACGUUUGGCCUGGUGGGAUGGGGGAAAUGAGAUGAAUUGUUCUAAUAAAAUAGUUGCUGCAGGAUACUUGGGCAGAGAAGAAUGGCUACUGAGGAGCUCUGCUUUUUAGAUGGGAGAGCCCAUCUUAAGAUGGGCAAGUUGCGUGGGGUAUCUCAAAAGAAGUGUGGAUGGGAAACGUCAUCCAGAAGCUGUAGCUCAGGAACAGGGAACCUGUGGCCCUCCAGCCAUUACUGGACUUUAACUCCCAUCAGCCAGUAGCCAAGGAUGAUGGGAGUUUGAGUUCCAGCAACUCCUGCUUCCCCAGUUCUGCUCAUUUUCAGAUAGGUGAGGGCGUCUCCUUCCAGCCUUCCGUGUCUGAAAAGAGCAGCUCCUCUGUGUAUAAAUGGGCAAACGUUUUGUGUCUGUGCCUCCAUGGUGUGUGGAAACAGGUCCGUGUCUUGGCACCAGAAGGGGGUCUCCCUGCCCUAGCAGAGCAUGGAAACUAGGGUACACGGUGGACGUUUGUGGAAAGGCUUCUGCUACCCAUCUUCCCCCCCACCUCCCACCCACCCCUCCAGUCCAUCUGGUCAGUCAAGGAAGCAGCCAUCCCAACCAGGCAGAAAAAAAGCGCUACAGCGACUUACAUCAGGAAACCAAGGUAAAAAAAGAACAAGAAACAGCUGCUUAGAAUGGCAACAUGUAUGUUUAAAAAACAACAACUUUUUUCUACCCUUUAUAGGGAAAACGGGCAAGGGUGGGGAAUGAACCCCAUUUGGUGUUUAAAGGAAAUGGAAGAUAGUCGUUGUUUUGGCUGAGAUGACUUUGGCUGAGUUGCACGACGCACAGUCAUACAUGCAGGUCUGCUCCCUAUUUCUCCUUUGAGAAGGCGUGGAAAUGUAGGCAGCUCCAUGUGUACUUGGGAGGAUGAAGAGUGGCCAUAGUUCAGUGGUAGACCACACGCUUUACCUGCAGAAGGUGCCAGAUUCCAUCUUUGGUAUCUUUCUAGGAAAAGGAUCUUGAGCUGGAGAUAUGGGAAAGACCCCACAGAGAGCAAUUCCCUUUCAGGAGGAUUCCCAAGUGCUGAGCUACAUAGACCAGCAAUCUGAUUUCAGUACAGUGGUACCUUGAGUUAAGUACUUAAUUCGUUCCGGAGGUCCGUUCUUAACCUGAAACUGUUCUUAACCUGAAGCAGCACUUUAGCUAAUGGGGCCUCCUGCUGCCGCAGCGCCACCAGAGCACGAUUUCUGUUCUCAUCCUGAAGCAAAGUUCUUAACCUGAAGCACUAUUUCUGGGUUAGCGGAGUCUGUAACCUGAAGUGUAUGUAACCCGAAGUACCACUGUAUAGGACAGUUCCUACACUGGAAGAUGGCGCAGCCUGUUUGAACAUGAACAAUUUGAAGCAUAUUUGGAUGGAUAGGAGGAAAUGGUAAAAGGCAGUUGUUGACGAAGCUUCAAGGUGGGGUUGGGGAAACCAGUGGCCCUCCAAAUGUUGGACUUCCAACUUGACUCAGCCAGCAUGGGCAGUAGUCAGGGAUAAAGAGCCGGCUGUGGGGCCAAAAGUUCCCAUCCCUGCUGGAAAGGGCUAUGGGUGAGCAAGGCUCAUCCAGCAACCCAGACAGAACACCCUUAGUGAAAACUAUUGAGGGAUUCAGUUCUGCAGCCCACUAGCACUGAUUCACACAAAGUCCAUUUCUCAUUGCAGGAGAUGGUCAUGUGACAAGAGCAUAGCAGGUAGCACUUAACCUAUUAAGCAUUUAUUUUUAUUAUUGCCUUUGGAUCCCACCCGUCCUCCGAGGAGCUGAAGGUGGCAUACAUACUUCUCUUCCUCCUCACGUUAUCCUCACAACAGCCAUGUGAGGUAGGUUAUGCUGAGAGACAGUGACUGGCUCAAAGUCACCCAGUGAGCUUCAUGGCUGAGUGGGGAUCUGAACGGUCUCCUAGAUGCUGCUCCAACUCUGGCCAAUGCACCACACUGGGUGUACCAUUCCAUGGAGUUGAGCAGCUUUUAGUGAAGCUUCCAUGCUACUAAAACACCAGUACAUGUUUCUUCUUUAGAGACUGAAGGAGCUUCUGUGUGUAAGAACUUAAAAUGUAGUGAAACAUAGCUUUAUGAGUCUUUGGUAAGAAGGCGAGGUAUUUUCAUUGCUCGUCAUUUCCUCCAGAACCAAAUCAGCACCACAAAAACAAGAAUCACAGACUUAACUCCAUCACUUUAAACUGUCCUGCACAGGUGAAUCAAAAGCUUUAGUUGAUCAGUCUGCUGAUUUUAAAUUUUGCAGUCAGUGAGUUCCCUUUCUGAUUUUAAAAAGCAAUAUUGAUUUCACCCUCCGUAACCUUUCUAACACUGCCCAGCCAUGAAGCGUUUGCUUAAAAUACUUGAUGUAUAGCAUCACUGUGCUUAAAAGACAGUUGAAUUAGGCUAUGCCCAUGGAUUCGCUUUUUCAGCUAUAUUAGAAGUGCUUCAUAAACUAUUUGUCUGAAUGGGAUUUGUGUAAUUGGGGAAACUUUUAGGCUAGAUUCCCACCCCCCUUAAAAUUCAGAACAUAAAAGAUUAGCUGAUUAAUUAUUUUUAAAAGUUUGUUGUAGGGAUUUUUUUUUAAUCUCCCUCUCUCUCAGGCCCAGCUACCAAAAUCUUAAAAUAACAUAAUUGGCCAUAACUUUAGCUCUUGGAAAACAGUUUUCAACUUGGGUUGGAAGUAAUGCUUGUGGAAACAGGUGCUUUUUAAAUUAUAUUUACGUAAGCCUCUCACACAUAUUCAUGUGCGUGCACACUGCAGUAAGCUAGUUUAAAUGGGUAAAAGUUACUUUGUUAUGCACUGGAUUUGCAAUUCCAGCAGUGUGGCCCAUUCUGGUUGGCUUCAGUGUGCCCUGACAGUAUCUGUGCAAAAAUAAUUAUGUGUAAGCCCCCUUGAGCACUGUUGAUGACGAUGGAAGGGUAGCACUUUGAACUUCACCAUAGUACUGCAGUUUAUAUGGCGAGUUCAAGUGUUCAAGGCAUUUCACUCACUUUAUCCUGUAAUUCUAACCACUGCCUUUGUAAGAGGCUGAUUUUCCCAAAUUGCACAUGGCAGGAGGGAGAGGUGGGACGCUGCAGGAGACCUCUUGAAUUGAGGAAUGGCCACAGCUCACUGUUAGUGCAUCUGCUUUGCAUACAAGAAGUCCCACAUUCAAUACCAGCCAUUUUUAGGUAUCUCUGGGAGAGACCUCUGCCUGGAGAGAUGCUGACAGUCAAUGUAGGCAAUAUUGAGCUAGAUGGACUUAGUAUAAGGCAGCUUCCUAUGUUAGACACAUACACAGGUACGUUAAUUGUAGGGACUUCCUGAUUCAUUGUGCGAUCUCGGCUGCAUCAGUGUUUCAGGCUUUUUCAUCCUCAGCUUGCACCCUGCUUAGAGAGCAAUCCCUGGGCCAGAAGAUGGCUAACAGUGAUAAAAUGCAAUGCAGAAUCGAAACAAAGGAGUAAAAUUAAAGGAGGCCAUAUCACUUCAUACCCCCAGCUGCUUAUAAUUCAAAACCCAGUGAAGUAAUUGUUGCUCUCUUUCAAAGGGCCAGUAGAGGAGAUCUGGCAGGUCUCCUUUAAAAGGGGAUGGGCUUCGGCAACAACACCUCCCCCCCAUCUGCAUACUUUCUCUCUGGUAGAUCUUAACAAGUGAUGAUGGUGAUGGAUCAUCACAACCUCAACUUCAGUUACGGAAGUGGGGGAAGAGCUGGGCCAAUUACAUUGCUUCCAAAGCACUUCAGCCAGACCUUUGUGUUCUGCACCAGCACAAAACCUGGUGGUCAGGAUUCUGAGGUUCCCAGUGUUAGGGGAGUAUGGGAAGUAAAAGGUAAAGGUAAAGGUACCCCUGCCCAUACGGGCCAGUCGUGACCGACUCGGGGGUUGCGCGCCCAUCUUGCUUAAGAGGCCGGGGGCCAGCGCUGUCCGGAGGCACUUCCGGGUCAUGUGGCCAGCGUGACGAAGCUGCUCUGGCGAGCCUGCACCAGCGCAGCACACGGAAACGCCGUUUACCUUCCCGCUAUAAAGCGGUACCUAUUUAUCUACUUGCACUUAAGAGUGCUUUCGAACUGCUAGGUGGGCAGGAGCUGGGACCGAACGACGUGAGCUCACCCCGCCACGGGGAUGCGAACCGCCGACCAUACGAUCGGCAAGUCCUAAGCGCUGAGGUUUUACCCACAGCGCCACCCGCGUCAAAUCUCGCUUCUGCCAUGAACUCUGUUUCUCCCCUUCUCCACACUCAGCCCAUGCAGUUCAGGCAUGAAACCCACAUCUCUAUAGUAGACUGCAUGCAUCUCCCGUUGAAAGCUUUGGGCGCCAGGUGAUGAGAAAACGCCCUUCAUGAUCUAGAGAUGCUGGAGAGCCAUUGCCAGACCAAUUUGUCCAGGUGUGGGGAACUUUUGACCCUCCAGAUGUUGCUGGACUAUAGGCUCCCAUCAUCUCUGGUCACUGGCCAUGUCUGCUUGGGCUGAAGCAGCCUUGCAGUUCAGCAACAUCUGGAAGGUCAAAGGCUCUCCACACCCAAACUAGGUAAUGCAAGGCUAGAUGGGACAGUUACACAGACCUGGUAUAAGGCAGCUUCCUCUUAUGUGGGGUAACUUCUGUGCUUCAGCUUCUGUCGAGAGAGAAGUGAAGAACAUCUGCUAGCAAGAAGGGACCUAAGUGAUCUUCUCUUCCAACCCCCUGCAGCUAUAGCACCUCUGGCAGGUUCAUCAUCCAUCCUCAGCUCAAAUGCUUCUGGUUGAGAGCCUCCCUCCCCUUCCAUGGUGGUCUGUUCUAUCAUUGUACCGCUCAUCCCAUUAAGAAAUUUCUCCUUAACUUCUAAGCCAAGAUAUGCUUCCCAGCAUAUCUAAACAGUUUGCAAAAAUAUAAAAUAAAGCAUCAACAAUCUCACUAAUUAAAAACAGUUGAAAUCAAGUACAGCGGUAUCUCAGGUUUUAACGUAAUCCGUUCCGGAAGACCGUUCGAGUUCUGAAAUGUUCAAAAACCAAAAACUCGACAGCUGACAGCUAGGCCUCAGAAUCUUACACUCAGUGGAAGCUGCGUGGCAUGUUCAACGUCUGAGGCGUGUUCAAAAACCAAAGCAUUUUAUUCCGUGUUUGCGGCAUUCGUUAACCGAAAUGUUCGUCAGCUGAGACAUUCGAAAACUGAGGUCCCACUGUACUUAAAAGCAUUCAAAAUAUGACUAAAACCAACAGGCACUAAAAUGUGAUAAACAUGCAUAAAACUUCUCCAUGUCUGGAUAGGCUUGCCUAAACAAUGUUUUAAUCAGGAGCCAAAAAGUACUGGAAAGGUGCCUGUCUGAUGUCAGUAGGCAAGGAAUUCCAAAGUGGGUCCUGCCACACUGAAAGGUGGAUUUCUUCCGAGUAUGGAAUGGAUCUCAUGUGGCACCUGUAACAGGGUCACUUCAGCAGACCUAAGCAUUUGAGUCCUCAGAGCAAGAGAGAAACCAGACUCUUCCAUCCUCAGUGUGAAAGCCCUUCAAAUAUUUUUCCCAAUUUCACCAGGCUAAGUACCCCAGCUCUCCUCAGCUGUUCUUCAUAGUUUCCAGGCCCCCUCACCAUUCUGGCUUUUUUCUUUUUCUUUCUGGACACAGUAGUACUACAGAUGCUGUCUGGGCUGUUACUGCUUCUGACCCGGAUACCACUUCUGCAAUCUGAGAUUGCAUUAAACUGUUUUGGAUUGCACAUUGCUGGCUUGUGUUUUUCACUUUUGGCCUUAGAUGCCCCUAGAUCCUAUUCACAUGUACGACUGCCCUUCCAGAGCUCUUCUACCUGAUUUUAGGUGGCCUUUGGGCUGAUCUAACAGCCAUGCUCCUCUUACAUUCUUAUGAUACAGUUUACUGCAGGGUAGUGGCAUUUAGCUGAAGAUUCAUUUUCAUUUAAAACUUUGGAAAUGUCAGCCUGCCUCCUCUUCGAUCCCUAUGGAGCUCUUCUAUUUUCCUGAUAGGGUUGCCAGCUGGCCCAAGUAAAAUGCUGAUGUUUUUUCAACUGGGCUUCUGCUGCCCGGUAACUAAUUGGGCUUGACAAUUGUGCAUCCAUCAGAUUAAACCUACAAAUAAACCUAGCUGAAAUGCUACUUGUUUAAGAAGCUUUUUGAUUUCACCAGUGGUCUCAAUAGUUUACUGCACCUCAAUGAAGGUGGGAGCUUAGACGUGUUAUGUCCUAAAGCAUAGCAUUACAAUUAAUACCCCUCCAACCGAAACUUCAAACCCCACCUUCCCUUUACAAACUCCCGAACCAACAGCAUUCCUUGAGAGAGAAAAAUCUGCGUUAGAUUUAUAAUGUCAAGUUGUCCUGCAAAGAGGAAGCUUUGCAGCAUCUGCGCUUGGUGGAGAGAAGUUAGGAGAGUCUUAAAAGAUUUGAGGAAAAGCUAGAGAGAUCAGGAGGUCUUGAACCACAAAUGCUUCUGCAGCCUUCCUGUCUUCAACUGGUAAGUUGAGGAGAGGGAAGCAAAAGCAGAUCCCUUCCCCAAAGAGAUGACAAUCCUAACUCUCAACCGUGGGGCAGAUGAUGAUGAUGGGAGAGGAGACAGGGAAAACAUUGGCAAGGAGAAAUGAAGGUGAGCAGAUUUUCCUAAGUUAGUUUCAUCUUGGUGAAGGCAUCAUGAAAUAACGUGAAUCGCACUGGGGGUGCCACUACUGUCUUUUCAGUUGUUUCUUUAAAGGGGGGAGCAAAGUGAGGAGGAAGAAGUAUACAGCAAUAAAAACAGAUUUAGAAGUGAGUUUCAUAUUUCAGGUCGAACCAGUCCUCAGUUGCCAGUAUUGUAGUAUCCACCCUUGGCACCCAACUGAGUGCCUUCCCUUCCCCUGCAAGCCCUAGCAACCCCACACUUGUGGAAACCCUGGGAUACGUUCACUGUAGCACUAGGUUUAAGUCACUUAGUAGUAUACUCGUUGCACUGGUAUAACUGGUUGUGCAAUGGGAAACAUGAGUACAUUCCUCUAGACCACAGUGCAAACGUCUAGACCAGGCAUGAUCAAACUUGGCCCUCCAGCUGUUUUGGGACUACAAUUCCCAUCAUUGCUGACCACCGGUCCCAUUAGCUAGGGAUCCUCGAAGUUGUAGUCCCCAAAUAGUUGGAGGGCCACGUUUGGCCAUGCCUGGUCUAGACAGUUGCACUAUGGAUUGCACCACAAGCUUCUGCCAGCACAACUUCUUGUGUUGGGUUCCUUUGUUGUGCCAGCUUUAAAACUGCCAUCCAUAGUGCAAAGGGGUCUUGCAUUAGUGGGCAGAGAAUGUUGGACGCAGCCCCCUGUAAUCAUUUCUGUGGCCAAAUAGCUUCCUAUGUCGCUGCAGGAAAUCCAUUUUAAGCCUUUGGCAGCUUCUGCCCAUCCCAAAGAUGGGGAAAAUAUAUUUGGCAGCUGUUUCUCAGUUAAUCUUAAUAGUAGUGUUCACCUUACUGCCGGUUAGCUCUCCGUGGAGCAGGAACUACUUCAGUGCAUGCCCUGUGAAAUGCAUUCCUAUGUCUACCCAAUCAUGCGCUAGUUUGGGGUCAUGAAUAACUUAACAAAAAUACCCUUCCUGAUUAACUUAUAAUUAAUUAUGCAAAGCAAGUGAGGUGUAUGCGGCAAUGGUCCCUUGCCAUUUUUUUUAAUGUUUACUUCGCUGUUCAGCCAAAGCCAAACCCCCCCCCCCCAGGGCUGCUUACAAAUGCCAGUGAUAAGACAGUCUCGGUCCUUAGGCGUCCAAUCUUAAAAGUCACAACAGGAAAGGGAGGAGGAGGAGAAAAGCAACAUUGGGCUUUAUUCCCCAAUUACUGGAUUCUUGUAAUGGUCAGCUGGGGUUGAAAGAUUUCCACGAGAGGAGGUUUUUGUUCCUAGUGUGAAGAAGAAAUACUUUUGUGGCAGUUCAUGGCUGUCCCAGUAAAAGAGGGCUGCCUUGCUUGUGGCAGACAAGGAUGAGAAACCUUCAGACGUUGUUGGACUCCAACUUCUAUCAUGUCCAUCCAGCAUGGCUAACAGGGAUGAUGGGAGAUGGUAGCCCAGGGACACCUGGAGGAUUGCAGCUUCCCCAUUGCUGCCAUAGGACUGCCUCUGUCCCUUGCUUGCUUGGGAUGGGAGAGGGGCACAGACAAUGCUGCAAUGUUCCUAGUGUCACGUCCACAAUGUAAGGGGCGGCUCUUUGCCAGAAUGCCCUUUAAAGGGGGGUUAAGACACAGAUGUGACUUUGUUGUUGUAGUUUAGUCAUUUAGUCAUGUCCAACUUUGUGACCCCAUGGACCAGAGCACGCCAGGCACUCCUGUCUUCCACUGCCUCCUGCAGUUUGGUCAAACUCAUGCUGGCAGCUUUGAGAACACUAUCCAACCAUCUCGUCCUCUGUUGUCCCCUUCUCCUUGUGCCCUCCAUCUUUCCCAACAUCAGAGUCUUUUCCAGGGAGUCUUCUCUUCUCACGAGGUGGCCAAAGUAUUGGAGUCUCAGCUUCAGGAUCUGUCCUUCCAGUGAGCACUCAGGGCUGCUUUCCUUAAGAAUGGAGAGGUUUGAUCUUCUUGCAGUCCAUGGGACUCUCAAGAGUCUCCUCCAGCACCAUAAUUCAAAAGCAUCAAUUCUUUGGCGAUCAGCCUUCUUUAUGGUCCAGCUCUCACUUCCAUACAUCACUACUGGGAAAACCAUAGCUUUAAUUAUACAGCUAUGACUAGGCCAAGCGUUUUGAGAGUACCCCAAUGGAAUGGAGCCUCCAGGCUCAGCAGCGGUAUACCUGUAGGGCCACACCACAACUGGCAGCCAAUCACAUUCUUGUUUUGGUUGUGGGCUGCUUGGAAACCUGGCAGGACACCGCCGGGAGGGUUGGGCUGGAAGAUCCUUGGUCUGCUUUUAGCAGGGCUCUUGGCGUUAAACGUUCUCAUCUUGGACCCAGGAGCAUUAUGGGUUGUUUUAUUUUUUUUUUAAGUAUAUAGGAAGAAGCCGGGGGGCGCCACAAGGUUUUCCUUCUCCGCAGCAAAGCAAAAUAACAACCUUUUUUCCUCCGAGAAGCUCAAGGUGGCAUACAUGCCUCCUUGUUAUUCUCACAACAACCCUGUGAUGUAGGUUGCGCAGAGAAGGUGCCUGGUCCCAGGGUGCAGCCCAGUGAGCUUCAUCAUGGCUAGGUGGGGCUUUGAACCCUACACUCUCAGGUCCUAGUCUUGACACUUCACUAGUGGCAUGGUGAAGCUGGUAUUGUAGGCAGGCUCUAUAUGCUUGCCAGCACCCGAAGAGCUGGAUGGAUCAGUUAUCUGACUGAUCAGCUUCCUUCUGAACUGAGGGUGCUAUGGAUGCCAAUACGCUUGCAGAGUGGUAAGAGGCAAGGCUAUAUUUAGAAGGCUCCCAAGUGAGCUACUUCAAGCAGGUUGAAGGUUUCUCUUAGCUUAGGACAGUCUCCGGAGUGUCCCGAAGUUACCCGGAACGCUUCUUUUUCUCCUCUGUCAUAACUCCCUAGCCCUUGGACCCAUCUUUCUGAAAUUUUGCGGGCUACUUUCCUAGAGGCACCACUCCCAAUACAUUGGUACCUUGGGUUACAGACGCUUCAGGUUACAGACUCCGCUAACCCAGAAAUAGUGCUUCAGGUUAAGAACUUUGCUUCAGGAUGAGAACAGAAAUUGUGCUUCGGCGGCGCGGCAGCAGCAGGAGGCCCCAUUAGCUAAAGUGGUACUUCAGGUUAAGAACAGUUUCAGGUAAAGAACGGACCUCCGGAACGAAUUAAGUACUUAACCUGAGGUACCACUAUAUAUACCUUUUACAUAGCAAGACGCAUUUCUCACAAAGCCACAAGGAAGAAAAUAAACUUUUCAUGUACUUGCCCCCAAGACUGUGGACCUCCUUCGUUCGUUUGCCAGCCCCUGCCCACUCAGGUGGGGUACUUACUGUGCCUUCACAUUUCACCCAAUUCCAUCAAAAAGGGGGGAGGUUUAAAACUUCUUUUAAAAUUACCCCAAAAUAAUGAAUUGGGGGGAGGCAUGAUUCACCCCCUGGAAUCAGGAUUUGGCUGGAAACCCUAAGCUGAUUCGGGCAUCCUCCAAAUAGGUUAGGAGCAAUUUGGGCUGUUUUCCAAAGUGCCACAUCAGGGUCUGAAAAAGAGUUGGUGCACUUUCCUAAUAAGCAGGAGUUUAGAAAGAUGAGGAGAUCAGGUUAUCACUAAUUAUCUAUUAUACACCUUAAUAUGACAGGUUUCAUGUGCUAGAUUGACAGCCCUUAGUUGCACUGGAAGGGAAUAUUCAGCCUCCCUUUGCAGAGUAAAAUUGCAGAGCGAAAUUUUUUUUUUAAAGGCCCUUAGUUUACAGCCUCCCUUAAAAGCCUUCAUUGAUUCAUUUUGAUACCUUCUCCUUAUAAAACAUGUUUUCUGAUAUUGUAUAAUUUAUUCCAGCUUUACUAGUCAUGGCAGUAACUCAGACUUCUCACCACUGGAGCUCCUGUCUAGCAUUCACUUGUUGUUUUUUUGAGAUUUUCACAGGCAUUGCUGAUAAGGCUUUGAGUUCAUCUUAAGGUUCAUUCGCUAGAGCAUGAGACUCUUAAUAUCAGGGUCAUGGGUUCGAGCCCCAUGUUGGGCACAAGAUUCCUGCAUUGCAGAGGGUUGGACUAGAUGACCCUUGUGGCCCCUUCCAACUCUACAGUUCUAUGAUUGUAUGACUAGAAAUGUGAUCCUCCCCCAUCAAUAAAUGAAAGAAAAACAAGAAUUGGGAUGCUAAAUUUUGAGUUUCACUUUCACUUGCCAAAUGCAGAAUGCCUGACUUAAUCCAAACAGAAAACUGACAUAUGACUGUUUGAAAGAACACCAUAGAUUUAUUAUUAUUGAUUUAUUAUUAUCAGUAGUAAUAAUUUGCUAGAAUCAAUUUAGAUUAAACAUGUUUUUAACAAUUCAAAGUAGUUACUUGACAUUCUUCCCCACCACUGUCAUUUCUCAAAAACUGGAGCAUCUAAGGGAAUUCUGCGCUGAUUUAUCUCUUGAGUGAGCUGAACUCGAUGGGAAUUAACUUCCUACUAAAAUAACACAGAGGGUUUGCUUUGAAAAACAAGAGAUUUUGCUGCAUCAAUAGAAGAAGAUGGGGUAGUGGUGGGAUAACACAAGCAAAACAUUCCCAGAUAGUUCUGUACAGUACUAGUUGCCCUCAAUGUCUGGGAGAAGAUAAGAGAAGGAAGAUAAACAUGUUCCAGAAGGGAUGCAGCAGUGAAAAGACAAGGACUCGGUUCUGCUCUUCUGACCAUGAGAUGACUCUUAUCCAUGCCCCUGCUCUGAAACGGUGAACGAGACAUGUUUUGCGUACAGGUGCGUCAUACACACUUGAGGAGCUGGGAUGCGCUGUAGGUUUCUGUUGAGCGUACGCUCUUAACCCACAAGGCAGCCCAAAGAAGUGGGGUCUGUGCUGUGGGUUGCUGGAAUGGUGGUGGUGGUGAAAUUUUAGCUGCAUGUGAAACUUGACAAACUUUCACCACGGGGGAAUGAUAAUCGCUACAUUGCAAAUCUCUGCUCUGGGAGAACUGGACUGGGGCUCUGGCCCACAGGGCAGAUUCUCCAUGGACAGGGUGGGACAAGGGUGAGUUUCUCCCCCUCCCCUAGAGGCUAUUUUGAACAACACAAUGGUGGCUUUGGCUCGAUUUAUACCCAAAGUGAAGCAAGGGUUUAAAAUAAAACUAUGGUUUGCAACCCUCACAACCGCUUUGCCCCUCCGCUGCUCCUAACUGUGCCAUUCAGGGGAGGAAAUAACCUGGGAGCCUGGCCUCUUGCCAUGUUCAAACCCGGGCUUGUGGUUUGUUCCCCUCUAAACCAGGGAUGGGGAACCCGUGGCCUUUCAGAUCUGUUUGGAUUGCAACUCCCAUCAUUCCUGACCUUUGGCCAUGCUGGCUGGGGCUGAUGGGAGCUGUUGUCUAAAACAUUGGGGAGCGGGAGCCUGGGGUGGAGGAGCAAAGGUUCCCCAUCCCUGCUGUAAACAACUCACGAAAAGUAAACCACGAUGUGUUAUUGGCUUGCGGCUCGUGAUUGAUUUGGAGGAGAUGGACCGCAAGUGCAGGCUUGCAUUAUCACAGUGAGCCAGACUCUGGCUUGUUUCUUCCCCCAUUCUGCACGGUUGCCAGCAAAGUGCUCGGGUGCGUCAAACCGUAGUUUUAUUUUAAACCACGGCUUAGUGUUGCAUGCGAACUGGCCUGCAACAUACUCUGUUGCAAACGCAGCUGUUAGAAAAUGUUCAGGUAGGGCUGUGACUAGCCUGCGGCCCUUCAGAAAUUGAGGGACUCCAGCUCCCAUCAGCCCCAGCCGGCAGGGCCAGUUGUCAGGGGUGAUGGGAGUUGUAGUCCAGGAGUAGCUGGAGAGCUUCGGAUGAGCUGCCCCAGCCGUGGAGCCACACAUGGAGAAGGCCAUCAAUGGCUACUAAACACAAUGUCUUUGUUCUACCUCCACUGUCGGAGGCAGCAUACUGGGAAUCCUAGGUUCGAGCACUGUUGGCACUCGGGUCUUGCUUUCCGGCUUCUCAUAGACAUGUGGAUAACCACUGUGAGAACGGGAGGCUGGACGAUGUGGGCCUUUGGCCUGAUCUAGCAGGGCUGUUCUUAUGUUAAGGGGACCAGGAUAGGAUUGCACAGUGAAUGCCUUCCAGGUGCCGUGCGGGAGACAGAAGAGAGGGCUUGAGCCCUGGAGGAACUGUAGGAUCCUGUUCCUUGAUGCCAUCCAUCUGGCAUCAUCUAUAUCAGGCUUCCUCAACCUCGGCCCUCCAGAUGUUUUGAGACUACAGUUCCCAUCAUCCCUGACCACUGGUCUUGCUAGCUAGGGAUGAUGGGAGUGGUAGGCCAAAAACAUCUGGAGGGCCGAGGUUGAGGAAGCCUGAUCUAUAUAGGGGGCAGCUUUUUGCAAGUCCUACCAAGAAUAGUAAAGGGUAUGUUUAGGUUUAUAGAAGCAAGCGGCAGCCAUUAGCUAACCUUUCAAGUUGGUGCAUGCGGUUCUUUCCAGUCUAGGGUAGGUGGGUAUGGCAUGACCGAAACACAGGUCAAAAGGGAAAGUCUGGUGUGGUUCUCUGUCAUAGCUUUACAAUAUUGAAUCCCCUGCCCCGAGGAGCUUACAGUGUAAACAACGGCAACAGCUAAGUGGAAAAAUUAAAGGGAUGCUAUCAAAGUGGACCUGUAAUGAUUCAACAUUUUACAAAUAGAUCCAGAAAUAAAUUCCACUGUGUCCUUUGAGGCUAAAUCUAUUUGUUGUAUUUCUUUCCCAUUUUUCUCUUAAGGAGCUCGAGGCGGUGUAAAUAGAUCUCCCUUUCCUCAUUUGACACCCACAACAACCCUGGGAGGUAGCUUAGGCAGAGAGGCACUGACUGGCCCACAGUCACUCAGUGAGCUUUGUGGCCGCAUCAUCCCCAGUCACUGGCCUUGAUGGAUGGUCUCGUAGACCAUAACGUCACAAGGACACAGGUUUGGGGAUGGAUGUUUUAAGAUUUUCAGGUCCCCCAUUUCCAGCUAUAGACAGCGCACUGGACCAAGUCAAUGUGUGUGAAAUCUCAGGUUCCUGACUAUUUCAGGUUGGUUUGCAAGAAAGCAAGUUGCUAGUCCUUGUGACUACCAAGAGUGCCAGGGAGAUUUUAAAAGCAAAAUGAAGCUUUUUAAUUUUAUUUUACAACAGAAGCGCUUAUAAAAAAAAUUGAGGCAGGGGUUCUCUUUCCAUGAAGCCGGCUGCUACGGCAUGCAUUAUCAGAAAAAAAUGAUGUUGUGUUUCUUGUAUGAGAAAUGUUUUACUUGUGUGCAAAUUCAAUCCACACACUUGUCAUUUUAAUCAGCUAAACCAUUUCAAGGCUUCUUUGAUCUCUAAGCCUUAUUUUACCACAUUGAGAUUUCAUAUCCUAGGAAGAGCGCAAGGGAUUGUCUUGAACAUUCAAAGAGUUAAACUUGGGAGGGCAAGGGGAAAUCUGAUGGGAUCGCUUGUUCCAAAUUUACCUUAUCUCCCCCACCCUCACAACUGUCCUAAGUGAUUCCCAAACAAACAAAAUGUAACCACUAAAAUCAACCCCAACGACAGCAACCUUUUUGACUUGUAAGUUCCUUAACCCUGGUAACCUCAGCUAUACACAGAACGGGAUUUUGCACAUGUUGGACAGAAACAAGCGGAUCAAGCCACGGCCAGAGAGAUUCCAGAACUGUAAAGACGUCUUUGAUUUGAUCUUGACGUGCGAAGAAAGGGUCUAUGAUCAAGUAGUAGAAGGUAAGGAGCGGAAAGUUGUUUGCUUUAAUGGCAAGGACCAGUAUGCUAUGGUGCCAGGGGUGGGGGAGAUGAAUAUGGCCCCCUGGACUUUCCUAUCUGGCCCCUUGGGCACUCUCUGGGCCACAGCCCUCCUGGAAUUCUUCUAACAUAACUGGAAUGUGUCCUUGAACUGUUCAUCCCUCUAGCUUGCCUGAAUAGAGAGAGAGAGGAGUGUUUGUGUGUUUUGCCUCUGGCCCCCGGAAUGCUCCUUGUAAGGGAAGUGGCCUCCGAGCUAAAGAACGUUCCCCACCGCUCCUUAGCUGUUGGCGUAUUGGACUAGGACCGCAGAGACUUUGGUUCAAAUCUUCUCACUUCUCAAGCUUGCGGUGUGACCUGCAAUCAGUCGCUCUUUUUCUUUCUGGCCCACUUUGCAGGGGUUGUCGUGAAGAUGCAUUUGCUGGGGGGCAAAUUUUUCACAGAGGCUGGGUGGCCGUCUGUACUUGUGUUGCAGAACGUCCAUCAGUCGGGGUUGGUCUCGUCUACCUUUAAAGACCUUUCCAACUCAAAGCCUCUUUAUGAUUCCAAACAGCGUUGAGAGUGGGCAGUGGAGACUGCCUACCAUUCCCCUGAACUCUCUGAAGAAGGGAUGGCGUAAAAAUAUGAUGGAAACAAUCUGGGCUCAAACUCGGAUGGGGUUGUGUGUUCUGUGGUUCAACAAAGGUUUUGAAGAGAGAAUCCUUCCUGGGAACUACAGACCUAGGAUGCACCUCCCCCCCCCCCCCCAAUCACAGUUCUGCAGCGGGAGCAACGGAAUGCAAAUCCAAUUAGGUUUCUGCAGUGACGCUGCAUUCCUGUUAGUGCAGCAUUUAUUCUGCUCUGCUAUCCUGCUGUUCCUCCAAAGAGGCCUGGGAAUCUAUGCAUUGGAUUAUUUCUGCUUCACCCUUGCAUCAGCCUGGGGUUGGGCUUGAGAGCAGAUUAUUGGCCAGCUCUUGACUCAUUGACUUUUGUGGCUGAGCAAGGAUAUGGAGGUAGGCCUCCUUGGUCCAGCAGUCUUAUUUGCUGGGUGAAGUCCCAAUGGCAGCUUGCAUAUCCCCAAAACAGGAGACAGAAGAGAGCACAGAUUUGCAUCCAGUCUCCCUUGAUGAGAAGCUUCAAGGGCCCCACUUCUCCCUUUACAAACCACGCAUGGGACAGGCUGCUCUUCAAAUAGAGGACUGCCGUCUGGAAAGUAGGCCAUGUGGCCAUCCUAGGUCUGGGCCUUCCUCACAAUGGAAUGGGCCCAUUAUUGUCCCUGCACAUUCGUUUGCCCUCUCCCUGAGUACAUCAGAAGGGCCUCACUGGGUCCAAAGGUCUGUCUAGUUCCACUGUCCAUACAAAGAGAGUGAGGCCAGCAGGCAGCCGUCGCAAGGGGGAGGAGAAAAGGAUGGCCUUUUCUGAAUCACAAGCGGGAAGAGACACUGUUGCACUUGCGGGCUUCCCAUAGAACAGUGUUUCUCAAACUUGGGUCUCCAGCUGUUGCUGGACUACAACUCCCAUCAUCCCUGGCUAGCAGGACAAGUGGCUGGGAAUGAUGGGAGUUGUGGUCCAACAACAGCUGGGGACCUAUUGCCAUAGAGGCUCCUGUGGUUGGCCAAAAUCAGAACAGGGUGCUAGACUAGUUAGGCCUUUGGCCUGAUCCACCAGCCAGGCUCUUAUUGAGACUCCCGGCUAGGUUAAGGAACUCGACAGGUCCCUGACGAUGAAGGCCAUCUUCUGAUUCAAGGGCACACAAAGCCCUGCACAAAAACAGAACAGUGCCUUUUAUUUCAGGAGCCCCUUCUAGGUUAUGGUAAGGCAGGUCCGUAAGCAGCAGCAUGGCAUCGGACUUGCUGUUAAAUGUGGCUCUUCCUCGCGUUUUAAAUUUAAACUAGGCAUUUAUACAACUCUGGCUAAGCCUUAAAAACAAAAAAACCCAGCCUGGUUGGUGGUGUUGGCAGAUCUGCCGCUCAUCGUCUCUCCAGCUCCCUGGCUUCGCCUCACCCCCCGCUAGGAUGUGGCAGAUCUCCUUCAAAUUUAGGAAGCAGCCGAGCGGACACCGUGGUGUCUCAUAAAUAAAAAAUGCCCGGGGGCAAGGUGGGUUCCUCACCGGCCAGACUCUGCCUUCGCUCCAGGGCUGUCCACUCAGUUGCCGCAGAGCUCAGAGUGCAUUACAGGGAGCAGUCUUGGAGCCUUCGCCGGUUUCCUUAAUGAGUCGCCGUGCCGAGAGAUGAAUGAAAUCUUCACUCUUUGCUUCGGGGGGAGCUGUCCUCCUUGAGACAGAGGGUUCAUUUUGCAGCAGUUGGGGAAGGCGAAGGCCGUCUGCUUGCUAAUUUCCACCUCCUUUACCCUCUUUCCUCUCUCUUCUGAAUGCAAUUCUUCACAUAAGUGGCACAGGAGAGAGCCCAAAUCCCUGCUGGCAGUCCCCGCUAUGAACAGAUGAUGAGAUUUUUAAGCUGGACUGCCUCGCUUUGCUUGGCCUGAUCUGCAGGAAACACUGUUCAGGGAGGGGGAGGUGGACCAGUUUCUGAGCUUUACAUUUGCAGGUCAGCAUCUUGAGGCUCCUUAACGCUGCCUGGGAAACCGUGUCUCUUUGGCCGUGCCGGAUCCGUGUACGUGACGGUGUUGUCUUAAAAAUAAGCAAAUCUCCUGUCCUGCUGUGGGUUCUGUUGGCGGAACAAGAGAAAAUGCAGUUAUAUUAAGAGAGAUGCAGUACAACACAAAUCUAGGCCCACAUUCCCUUCUCAGCGCCCUUCUGGGGGCUGCAUGCAAGUGAUAGGCAAGGCUUGAGACAAACGUGGGCCGAGCAAUGAAUGUCAGUGUGUUGCCUUUCUAAAAAAAUAGUAGGCUGGUUUCUAUGCUCGCUCUUCUCUAUUUACCUGGAUGAGUAAGAGGUGUUCAGCGCAACUCAAGGACACCUUCCAGCCAGGCAGAAGCACUCCAGGAGAGUUUGGAGCAGGGUGUUGCUUGGGGCCCAAGGGCCAGAGUUUAUAGAGGGCCACAUUUGGUUUUUCCCAAUCCUUGCAUUAAAAAGAACCAGCCAAGUGGCCACCAGAUUAGAAGCCUCAAAAUUGGGAUUCCACCAAUGUCCGUGCUGCUGUCAGACCCAACGCAAGGAGUGUUUUUUUCAAAGAGCCUGGGGAAAGCGGCCUUAGCUCAGUGGCAGAGGCCCUACUUUGUCCAGGGUUCAGACUCCCAACACCUCCUGUUUAAAAUAGUUUGGGCAGCAAGCCGUGGGAAAGAGCUUGCCUGCAUUCGUGGAGAGCCACUGGCAGUCGAGUUCCUAAACAGGCAGAGUGCGGACUUGUCUAAGGCCACUUCCCGCGCUCCUUAAGAGGCUUUGCAUUAUUUUAAUUCCAGUCGCCCAAGACAUGCAAAUGUUGCUCCUUUCCUUCCCCUGAUGUCGCCUUCGCCAACCUCGCACCCCCCAGACGUUGUUGGACCCCCAACUCCCCAUCAGCCCUGACGGUCGGCCAACACCGGCUGGGGCUGAUAGGAAUCAGACUCCCAACAACAUCCAGAGAAGACACGGGUUGCCUACUGCCAGUUUGAAGGCUUGAUUUCGACCUGCACCCAAAACUACUUUUCUUUGUUUUUGCCCCUCAGACUUAAAUUCUAGAGAGCAGGAGACAUGCCAGCCCGUACAUGUGAUCAACGUGGACAUCCAGGAUAAUCACGAAGAGGCAACGCUGGGAGCUUUCCUUAUCUGCGAACUAUGUCAAUGUGUAAGUAUUUUUAUUUUAACCUUUUUACUCCAAUUUCCUCUUUGGGAUACCAGAGGAUGCCUUUCCCCUGUGGUGAUUUUGAACCCCUGCUAAGUCCUUCUGCUCCUAAGAAACCUCUGUGAAGCUCACAGGCAGGGGGUGAAAGCGAAACGCUUCCCUUCCUUGCUGCUCAGAGGUACACUGCCCCUGAACAUGGCUGUUCCAUUCCUCGCUAUGCAUAAAGACACCCACCUGGACCAGCAGCCUUGCAGCAGCCGGCCCUAUCCCUCCAGGACAGUGGCCUUCUGCUGGUGAGCUGGGAACAACCAGUGGGCCGCUGCCGUGAUCCAAGGCAGGCUGCAACAGGAGCACUUCUACCAUGCAGAUGCUGAAGCAAUGGGCCCCCCAAUGCAUUUGUGCUGGCUCUGGAAAGGUCGAAGGUCUCUGCUCCGGCAUGAUCUGAAGCCAGAGGCUACACCUCUCUCCCAUUCAUCCCCAGCAUUUGCUUGGGAAGUUCAGAUUGCACAGCCAGUUCUUACCUUUGGCAGUCAUGUGUGUGUGAGAAAGAGCGCUAUCUUGGUACACAUGCACAAAAUCAUAAGGCAAGCUGCCUUCCUUCCUGGGCAACCUGAGGGCUGAUUGCCAGGGGCGGCUGCAGCCAGAUAUUAAUAAUAAUAAUUUAUUAUUUAUACCCCGCCCAUCUGGCUGGGUUUCCCCAGCCACUCUGGGCGACUUCCAACAGAAUAUUAAAAUAUAAUAACCCAUUAAACAUUAAAAGCUUCCCUAAACAGGGCUGCCUUCAGAUGUCUUCUAAAAGUUUGGUAGUUCUUGUUCUCUUUGACAUCUGGUGGGAGGGCGUUCCACAGGGCGGGUGCCACUACCAAGAAGGCCCUCUGCCUGGUUCCCUGUAACUUGGCUUCUCACAGUGAGGGAACCGCCAGAAGGCCCUCGGCGCUGGACCUCAGCAUCCGGGCAGAAUGAUGGGGGUGGAGACGCUCCUUCAGGUAUACUGGACCGAGCCAGAGGGUGAAAGCAGCUGGAACACCAAAGGAGCGCCUCCCACCUCUCUAUCCUCUGCCCUAGCAAGCAAGAGGCAUUGUCACGGUUUCAAGGGCGCUUUCUAUCCAGGCCAAAACACUCAAGGAAGGGUGCUGAGCAGAGCCACUAGGAAGGGUGCUCAGGGAGAGAGGCAGCUUGAAGGGCUGUGUUUGGCCCCCAGUUCCCCACCCCUGCUGUAGAAUCUAGGAGGCAAGCAUGGAAGUCCCCUCCCUCCACUGCCCAUUGGCCAUUGACCCUUGACCCACUCUGCUCCGAUCCAGGGUGUUGCUUGCUCUGUGCGGAAUUUGAGCAAAGGGCAUUGUAUUUGCAGCCACCGUGGCUUUUUACCUGCCCAGCCUGCCAUUGUGAGCAUGUAGGGAAUUAAGGCAAAACCCUGAACUUUGAACGGAGCUGAGGCAUCUUCUCUGCUUCAAAGAGAAGAAAAGAAACCAGCUCACUUCUGUGGUGGGUUGUUUUUUUUUUAUAAAGUGGGUCAGCCAGCCCAGGGCAGACUUGGGAAUAGAACUCUCCUCUCCACGGGGUCCCACUCCUGCGGAAACUAGGCCACUCUGCCUGCAUUUGAAUGGAGCAUCAAGGAAAAUGAAAGAAAGGCUUGAGCUCCUUCUCCGCUUGUCAAGUCUGGAGGCACUUUGUUUGGGCCAAAUGGGGAAAGGCUGCUUUCACUCCCGGUGGUGUGUGAUUUGCGUGUGUGUGUUUCUAAGCAGGUCCAGAGGCUAUUAGAAUAUAUAAAAAGUCAGAGUGGUUUAGAGCCAUGCUCUUCAACCUGGAAACCUGGUCUUUCCAGAUGUUUCAGAACUUCCAUCACCCCAGUCUGCUUAACCAGUGUUGGGGCCCACGGUUGAAGAAUGCUGGCUUGGGGGACAGUCCUGGGGUCUGUUCCUUUCGCAAAGCUUAUGCGGCUUUCUUAGGCAUGGGGUUAGCUGACACAGUGCCUUCCACGUGUUUUGGAAUGCAGUUCCCAUAACUCCCAACCUUUGGCCCUGCUGGCCGGGGCUGAUGGGAGAUCAUGGAAUUGUAAGAGUUGCAAGGUGUUCCCAAGGGUUAUCUAGUCCAACUCCCUGCAAUGCAGGAAUCUCAGCUAGAGCAUUCAUGGCAGAUGACCAUCCAAUCUCUGCAUAAACAUCUGAAGGGCACCAUGUUGACUAUCCCAGGCUUAGAGCAGAGGUGGGAGUCCUGGGGCCUUCCAGUUGUUCCCAUAACUGCAUCCUGACCAUUGGCUGGGGUUGGCCCCAAGCCCAACAACAUCUGGAGCAUCACCGAGUUCUCCAUCCCUGUUCCUUAUUAGAUCCAGGGUGGGGAGCCUUUGGCUUUCCAGGUGUCACUGAACUACAACUCCCAUCAGCCUCAUCCACCAUGGCCGUUGGCCCAGCACGGUGGGCAUUUUAGUUCAGCAACACCUGGAGGCAUUUCCCUGCACCUGUUUGAGAUGAUAGCACGUGGUCUUCUUGUAGCAGACAUCAUUUCAGAAGAGGUGUCUGCCCUUCUGGUGCACAGGAAAAGUGCUUCUUUUAAGGCGGGUGGCGGUGGGACUCCUCUUCUUCGAUGGGUGCUUUCCAUUGGGUUUUUUUGUUGUUUGCACUUCUCUUUUUUGUAAGAGAACAGAGCAGCACAACCCUCCUUUCAAAAUAAAUACUUGAGCCCUAACCCUUCCCCUCUUGCCUGUUUGCUUCCAGAUACAGCAUACGGAAGACAUGGAAAAUGAAAUAGACGAGCUGUUACAAGAAUUCGAAGAGAAAAGUGGAAGGACUUUUCUGCACACGGUCUGCUUUUAUUAA